CGAUACCUAGAGUCACAAAGGAAAGGUUUUGCCUGCACAGCACAUACCGAUUUGAAUCCAUAGCCGAUUUGAAUCUAGCACCCAGUGCGGCAAAGGCCCUUCAUUUCCAGAUCAAGCUCCUGACUCUGGCUGAACACCGUUAAUGAUGGAGGUGAACACUGAGUGCACGAAAGAGCAGCUGCCAUUCAUUUUGAGGAGAUUCCAUAUUUCUGAAGAUUAUGGCUUCCUCCUUCCAAAUCCACUGGUAGGAACAUGGUGGCUGCAUGAGAUGCUUGGAGCAGGAGGGGGUUGCGGUGUGUGUGUAGCAGGUAGGGAGAGGAGAUGAUCAGAGACCUACAGGGGGAUUGACAUGCAUUUUACCAAAUUCAAUCACUAAUGUCUCCUCACAGGAUUGUGAGAAAAGGCAGGCUGGGAGGUUGGCUGGAGUAAAUGACCAAGGCUUUUAAGGGAGAAAGCAACACUUCAGGAGGAGCCUAAGCAUACUGACAUUCUCAGUUGGGUUAACAGUGGAAACAAAAUGCAGCAGAGAAUGUAAAUGUACCCUGUUCCCCUAACCCCAGAUUUUAUUUUUCAUUUAUUUAUUGACAAUAUGGAUUUAUAUAGUUGGUAGAGCAUGAAACUCUUAAUCUCAGGGUCAUGGGUUCAAGACCCACAUUAGGCAAAUGAUUCCAGCACUGCCGGGGUUUGGCCAACUCAAUUAUACAUAAAACCAAUACAAUAAAAACAAUAUAAAAAGUUAAGAGCAGAAACCAAAGUAGUAUUGUUGAAAUAUAUAUUCUUCAUAAGCGAGGUGGAAUAGAAAAGUUUUCAGCAGGCAUUAUUAUUAUUAUUAUUAUUUUAUUUAUUUAUAUCACAGGACUGUUUACAGUAUAAAACACAGAAAUACAUAACAUAGGGCUUAUCACACUUACCUUUCCUCCCCUCCUUUCAGGCACUUGUCCAUACUUAAAAGCUCUGCUUGUGAGCAUGGGUUUGUUUUUUCCUCCCUGAAGCUUUCCGCAUGAAAACCCUCUCAGUUGGAGCAAACAUAAAUUAAAGUGUGCCAUUUGCUCUGAUUGAGCUUUAAAGAGUGAGUUUUUGUGGGAAAAGCCUGCAAAUGUGUAUUCUUUCAACAUUUGUUCAACAAUCAAUUCUUCAUGGAGAAUUGUAGCUUUGGUAAGGGGAAAGGGGCUCCAAACUAUUCUCAGCACCCUUAACCAACUACAACUCUUAGAAUUCUUUGGGAGACCCACACCUGUUUAAAGUGGUGUCAGAAUGAUUUAAAUGUAUGGUGUGAAUGUGGCCAAAGUCCUCAAUGGAGUGCUGGUGGCUGGUGAUCUUUGCCUUAGAGGGUUAAAAAGCAGGUGUGCUGAGUAGUGUGGGCUGAGGGGUCUUCAGCUCCUCCCAAAAAUUCAAGGAAGCCCAAAUCCUGUGGCCACGCUCCUCCUCCUCUCCACCUGAUAUUGCACAGGCUGAAGGAGGCUGAGCGCAGAGCACAGCUCCUUGCUGCUCAGGGAGAAGGAGUCCAACUCUGCUCUCCCCCUUCCCUACAAGCGCUGGCAUCGUGGCAGCAGGAGUGGGACACCAGCCCAGCUCAGCGUGCCAGUGUUCACAUGCUAGGCAGGGGCAGGACGCAUCACGGGAUGCACACACCCCCAAUGUGGGGGGAAGUCGGCAUCCUGUCACAAAGUAUGCAGGUAGGGUAGGUACCGGUAUGUACGGUAUUUUACUUCACAGUGAAUGGUCCUCUGUUGGCUGGUCCCAGUCUGGUUUAAAGAUUGAAAAGCCAUAAGAAGGGAGUCAAAGGGCAUUGAAGUUGCCCAUCAAGAGUGAGUACCUGGACAGCAGACUGAGCAGGUACACAAGUGACCUGGUCACUAGGGGGAGAUGAAAUGUAUUUCUAUUUCUAUUUUAGCAGUUAUUUCUAAAUGUGCAUCUACAUACAUAAUUUAGCAUAUGCAAAUUUUGUCUGAGUCUACCUCCUGUUUUUUUAGCAAUGCAUAAAUUCUUGGCCUAUGCACAGCUCUUUUUUCAUCUUUCUGGCCUAUAUCAAAACCCACAAUGAACUAGUUUUCCUGAUUGAUGAUAAUUGGUUGUUCUUCUUAUCAGAAAGAUCUUCCUCCUUUCUAUAGCCCUUGGAUGGAGAUCGCUCACAGCCUGCCUCACCUUAUUGAGAACCAUCAACUUCGCUCACAGGUGAACAAGGUAUUGCAUUUCCCAUCCCAUAGAGGGUUGUGAGGAUAAAAUAGUGAGGAGGGGCACCACAUGCCACCUUGAGUUCCUUGGUGGAAGUAGUAGGGAUAUAAAUGAAAUGCUAGAGGAACAUGCCAGCUAAUCAAACUCUGGUUAGCUUCACUCUUCUACGUUUUAGGUCAAAGUGUCACUUUUCAUUAUUAGCCUCAAAGCAAUGCAUAGACAUUUGUGUGCUAAUCCUUGUUGUUUUUUAAAAAAUAAGUAUAGAUGCAGGUGUGCUUCUUAGUCUGAUGCAAAUUUAAAGAACCAAUUGCUGCCAUAUCUGCAAUGCAGGGUGAAAUCCUCUAGAGGUCACUAGUGCUGUAGCAGAGAAACAACCUGCAGACCAUGCUCUUAGGCAGGCUUCCUCAAACUCAGCCCUCCAGAUGUUUUGAGACUACAGCUUCCAUCAUCCCUGACCACUGGUCCUGCUAGCUAGGGAUCAUGGGAGUUGUAUGCCAAAAACAUCUGGAGGGCUGAGUUUGAGGAAGCCUGCUCUUAGGAAUGGGGUGUUAAAAUAUCAUGAUACAGGUAUUUAAGGCUGCUGCAUCAGGUGGUCAGCUGAAAAUGAGAACAGAUCUCCUGCAUUCUUCAUAGUAGUAUAGAAGGGGACAUUUCAGCCAGAGGCAAAGCUACCUGCGCGGGUACCCGGAGUGAUGUGUGUCCCAGUGGGCAUGGUGUGCAUCCUGGGGGCAUGGUGUGCACCACAGGGGAUGCCACUGAUCGGGGGUGGGCAUUUUGUCAUCCCCCCCUUUGGAAUGGUACCCAGGGUGGCCUGCCCCCCCCACACCAGAACACCCCUGAUUUCAGCAGGUCUAGCUGCUCUUGCACAAGCUGCACCUGCUAAAACGACCUUUCCUACACAAUUAUUAGGGAUGCGGGACUUGCCUAGGACUUGCUGAUCAGAAGGUCAGCAGUUCGAAUCCCUGCGACGGGGUGAGCUCCCGUUGCUCGGUCCCUGCUCCUGCCAACCUAGCAGUUGAAAAGCACGUCAAAGUGAAAGUGAAAGAUAAAUAGGUACUGCUCCGGUGGGAAGGUUAAACGGCUUUUCCGUGUGCUGCUCUGGUUUGCCAGAAGUGGCUUAGUCAUGCUGGCCACAUGACCCGAAAGCUGUAUGCCAGCUCCCUCGGCCAAUAAAGCAAGAUGAGCUCUGCAACCCGUUUUACACAAUUAUUAAAGGUGCAGGAAUCUAGUCCUCUUUCCCCCACCAAGUCAAUCUACUUUUAAGCAACCUUCUACAUGGUUGAUAGAAUUUAAUGUCUGGUUCUAAUAUGUCCAUAUAUUGCUUCAUCUCUUUCAACUUUGUUAUUCAUUCUUAGAUGAAUGUGUGGUUUUACUCUAUUGAAAAUUGUGCAAGAGGACUGACGAGCAGGUUCUGUCAGUAGUUGGGGAUCUGUGGUGUUCAGUAAUUGGGGACUAAGUUAGGACUACAGUAAUUUACACAUGCAAAACACCACUCAGUGUUGCAGACAUCAAGUGAUGAAUGUGUACAUGAAUUCUGAGCUAGUGGCUUAUGGCACUUACGAUGGAAAGAAGCAGCAGUUUCACCAACUACAUAACAAUAUGUUAUAUUAAAAAAAAACCGCUUUCUGUAACCUGUAACUGUCUUAACAGAUGCCUCUGCUAAGCAGCCAGUAUCUCAAAGGACACAGAGAACUGUAUCUAGCCCACUUGGUCCUUAGCUACAUCACAAUGGGCUACGUUUGGCAGGAUGGUGAAAAAGGGACUGCAAAGGUACUGUCCAUGCCCAUUUAGGGAUGUUGAUGAAUUUGAUCUUCCAUACAUCCCAAACUCAUCUGUGGAUUGGAAGUUAGGACUAAUUCACAUCAUGCAUUUAAAAGGCUAUGAUGUCACUUUAAACAGUUAUGGUUUUCGCCAAAGAAUUAUGGGAGCUGUAGUUUGUUAAGGGUGGAGAAAAUUGUUCAGAGACCCCUGUUCCCUUUCCAGUUCCCAAGGUGGUUUAACAAUGAAUCCUUCUUCAUAGUGAACUCUGUGACUCCAGAACCUGGGGAAGAGCUCAAAGGAGCACGGUGUCCUCACCAACACUCUCUUUUACCUGGAAGUGGUCAGGUGGGACAUGCAAACUGGGAAAUUUUUGAGGCUCCACCUGAUCUUCUCUGAUAUUUUGUACAAAGUGAAAAAUAGGGUUGAUGUUAGAGAGUUGGGUCUUGGAGUCCAGGCAAAUGCCCAGGUUUGUCUCCACAAGGAGCUGGCACUGUCCUUUUCCCAGCUGUUCCUGGGUUCAAGGUUCUAGCUGCCCUGAAAUAUGACAUCAUUCAUAUAUUAGAGUGGAUUUGCGAAGAGCUUUUAUUCUCCCACUUCUUCCAACAAGCCUUGAUGGGGAGCAACUGUGUAGCUCAGUUUAUAGAGUCUGAAAGAUGCAUGGGUGAGCCUAAGCUGCACAAGCAACCUAGUCACUUGGAGGCAGUAGUAAUAAUGAAACAAUGAAUAAUUCAACAGCUGUACCCCAGAGUCUGUUGCCACAUCAUACUGUGAUGAGGGUGCAACACUUGGAGCAGGUAUGUAUAGCUGCAUGUUACAGGAUUGCUCCAAUAACAUUGCAAAGGGAACAACACAAGCACAUUUAGCCCGAAACACUGUGCAAAAGCCUUGAGGGGCAGCACAACAGUGCAGCAUUCUCAUGAUAACAGGUUUAACUAAACAGCUACAUCUUUGGGGGAGCAUGAAUUGGCUUUCUGUCAUUUUGAUUUCCAGGUCUUGCCACAAAACCUUGCCAUCCCCUUCGUGGAGAUUUCUCGGGUGUUAGGAUUACCUCCAAUCCUGGUUCAUGCAGAUUUUGUUUUAGUAAACUGGAAGAAAAGGAAUCCUUGUGGGUAAGUAUAAGAAAGAGGACACCUGGGCCUUAAUGGAUAGAAAGUUGGUGCCGUCAGCCUGAGCUACACUCCUUAGGUCAACUGACACACACAACUAAUAUGGCAUCAUCAGAUGAAGGGUGACCAGAUGGACAGAGGACGCAGGCUGGCUCCUGCACCUUCGAUAGAUGCAUUGAAGAAAUUUGUGCAUGUUUAGCAUAACGACACUUGGAUGUUCCAACUACUGCACAACUUUUUAAAAAAACAGAAAAAUAGUAUGAUUUUAAUUUUUUUUUCACAUUGUCAAGUACACAUUACAACAUCACAGAUUCCUAUACCACUAUAUUGUUUUUGUCUUCAAGUUUGAAAAGUGUCCAGAAUGAGGGACACAGAGUACAGAACAAUAUAUUAUGUUAUUACGGUAAGUUAUUGUAUUUGUACCAUUGUACCAUUUAAAACAUGGAUCUGAGACAUCUAUUUGAUAGCAUUGUUAAUCAAAUAAAAAUAGCCUGUAACAAAUAUCAUCACAUUUGUUUUUGUGCCACUGCUGCAAGCAAGACAGGGCAUUUGGGGAGAUUUUGGUUUUCAGGGGGGGGGGGGAAGUGCUAUUAUUUGGACUGGACUUUGCUCAGCAACUGACUUGGAUCUUUCUAUUUCCUUUCCAUGUGUGUUUGCUGUUGAUAACCCAAUCUGUCAAAAGGCCUCUAGAAAUUGAGUAAGUAUUCGGGAAAUGAUGUUUGCCUUUCUCGUUCAAAGUCUGCUGAGGUCACUCUUCAGACUGCUUGAAGUUAAACAGCUGCAACAGUAGUUUAUAUCGGAAUGCUUCUGAGAAAUAUUCUUUCUGCAUUUGUGUCUGUAUAGAUUUAUUACAUUUUAAUCCCAAGGUGCUCAGGCUGAGUUCUUUUCCAUUCAUAUCCCUAAAACAACUUUGUGAGUUUUGUGAUCUGAAUCCAGUUCUCUUUGGUUCCAACCCAAUGUUUUUUAACAUUACAGUACACUGGUAGAAAACAGUUUGUGUUUGGCUGUUUUAUGGGCACUAUGCUCUGCUUAAUUUAGUAAGCCAAAUUUAAUUUUCUAGGUAAGUAAAACCUGUCACCAGACUACAGCUCAGAUAUAAUUUUGUGGUGCAGUAUUGUUUCUCCACCAGCAUUCUGGUGUUAGCCUUGGGUGGAGGGUUUAUUUUUAGUAUAAGGUAGAUAGAAAUCUACAACAUUACAUAGCUGCAAUGUUCCCUUUUGCCACCUCAUCCUCUCAUUGCUUACACUGACCUCUGCAGUAAAAAAUAUCUAGUCCCAGGUUGGGGAACUCACAACUUGGUCCAACAGGCCCCUUUUUUGGCCCAUGGGGCUGUUCCCCCCAAACCAUGCCCCCUGCCCCUCAGCUGACAUCAUAUAUCAUGGAUAGGCAAACUAAGGCCCGGGGGCUGGAUCUGGUCCAGUUGCCUUCUGGAUCUGGCCCGUGGACGGUCCGGGAAUCACCGUGUGGAUCGGCAUGGAUCUGAUCGUUCGGGCUGCGCCAGCGCAUGCAUUCAGUGGCAGCGCCUCCUCCCACCCUCCUCCUGGCUUCUCCCUGCCCUGCCUAGAGCUGAGAGGAAGGGGGCUGGGCUUUGUUGGUGCCAGCAGCAGCAGCAUUAGUGCUUGAGCGGUCGCCAUUGUAAGCAGGCUCAAUUCGGGCUUUGUUGCUGCCAGCUCCUCUCCGGAGCCCUUUCGCGCGCCACUCAUCGUCCCACCACUGCCAGCCCCUGUCACUCGCAAAACACAGGUAAGCAGCCACGAGGGCUCAUCUGGUGCUGUGGAGAAGGGAGGGGAGAGUCAGUGGGGGGGGGGGGUUGCUUACCUCAGUAGAACGUGUCCUUUAGCUCUUGCAUAGAAUGCUGUGUCCUUUUAUUUAAAAUUCAUCUCUGGGUUAUUUGUGGGAAUUUGUUCUUUUUCUUUCUAUUUUUCAAAAUAUAGUCAAGUUCUGAGGGACCUUGCUGAAAAAGUUUGCUGACCCCUGUCAUUUAUGAUGUCAGGUGUGGGGCAGUUAAGAGUUGAGGUUGUCAAAAACAGGAAUGAAUUGCCCAUGUGUCAGCUGGUUCGUGGAGAGUUCAGUCUUGCUCCGAGGGAUGACCCACCAGUCAAUCAACUGAUGUGAGGUGGGGUGUCUUGGACAGACAUUUCUCUCCACCUUUGACUUUCAUAACAGUCUCUCAUGCCCUAGCACUUAAUAUCUAAAAUUGUACUGUAUUUUCUAGGCUUUCAAUUCUGCCUUCCCCACAGGAAUCUGGAACCCAUCAUUUGCUUGCCUGGUGGAGCAAGCCUCAGGGGCUUCAUUCUCGUCACUUUUCUGGUUGAGAAAGCUGCCGCAGCUGGGAUCAAGGUAAGGUCUGUCCCAAAUUAUUUGGCAUCUUUUUCUUGGGAUGCCUUAUGAGCAGAGAUGAAAAAGAAAUCUGAUUAAGUUAGCAUUUGAAGACAAAUCUACCAAAUACACACUUUUUGAAAUAAUAUGCAAACCAAAACAUAGGUGUUCUUUGUGCACACUUCUUCGAAUUUUGUAAUGCACUUCUCCAGUCAAACAAUGUUUAUAAAAAUGCAUUAUAUUAUCGCUUGCAAAAAAGUGUGCAUUAGUAAAAACUACAAGCCAAAGUAUGUUUCUUAGGAGAUAUUAGCACCAGAAUGCUGAAGAAUUUUCAUGAGCUUUUUUUAAAAAAAACAAUAAAUCUUCAUUGCGAUACAAAGACAAAACUGUUGCAAAAUCUUUCCUGGGGCUUUUAUGGUAUCCCAUGCAGCGAUAUUCCUUCUUAAUCGCAGAAGUCUUGGGAGUGUCAGUCACCUGCCUGUCCUCAAACUUGCCUCUUUUUUAAAAAUGCAGUGGUACCUCGGGUUAAUAACUUAAUUCAUUCCAGAGAUCCGUUCUAAACCUGAAAAUGUUCUUAACCUGAGGUACCACUUAAGCUAAUGGGGCCUCCCGCUGCCGCUGCACCGCCGCGUGAUUUCUGUUCUCAUCCUGAAGCAAAGUUCUUAACCCGAGGUACUAUUUCUGGGUUAGUGGAGGCUGUAACCUGAAGCGUCUGUAACCUGAGGUACCACUGUAUAUUUUUAUUUAAAAUUUCUUGGUUUACACACGUGCAAUGUGUUUUUUUAAAGUUACGUUUUCUACAGAUCAGUUUCAUUUGUUGAGACAUUAGUGUUAUGUUAGGAAGAAAAGGGGGAGGGGGAAUGGUGAGUGGGGUGGGGUCGAGUGGCAAUGCUUCUAUUCUACUUAGUGUAUGUGUGGGGUUUUGUGUCAGCGUCACUUGUGUGGGUUCUCUUUACUAUUUGCUUGUAUUCCUUUGGUGGUGAGAGAGUUGGCCUACAGUGUGGUUGGUUGUAGUGAAAUUUGUUUCUGUGUGUGAGGUGUGUGUGUGUUUUUGGAUCAGGUUAGCCAGAUUGAUUUGAAUGCUGUUGGCGGAUUCUUGUUUUUCUCUUGUUAGGCUGUGUAUGUGAUAAAGGGGAACCAAACCAGGGUGAAAGUGUCUUCUUCUAUGUGUCCCCAUGUCAGUUUCAGUUUGUUGGUUAGUUUUUCUAGUAAGCCUGUUUCCCAUACUAUUUGAUACCAUUGGUCUAUGCAGUGUCUGGCUAUGAUGCUUCUGGCUGCUGAGAGUAGGUGUGUUAUAAGCUCUAUAUAAUGCAAGUGGUCAUUAUGAUCUUGUAGGGCCAGUUUGGGGGUGAGUUCUAAUACCUGUUUAGCUAUUUUGCAUAUCUCUUGCAGGACUGCUGUCCAGAAAGGUUGGAUUUUAGGGCAUUCCCACCACAUGUGGAGGUAUGUGCCUGUGGAGGUGCAUCCUCUCCAGCAUUUUGGUGAGGUUCCUGGGCUUAUUAGCAUUAGUUUACGUGGUGUUAGGUACCACCUGUAAGUAAGAUUCAGAGUGAGUUCUUUUCUUUUCACUGAUACGGAUUUAAAGGGAGGUUUUCUUUGUAAAAGUCUUUAAGCCAAAACAGGCCCACAUUUCCCCAUUUUUCAAAGGGGAAUGUUCUGUCUCUAUUACCAGAAAAAUGCUAUGUAGAUGGGCCACUGCAUAGUACCACAUGAGAUUAGGUACUGCCGUGCCACCUCCUUUGGCUGGUUGAUAUAACGCUUUAUAACCAUGGCUUGUUUUUCUGGUGUAUAAAUUUUAGAAGCAUGUUUUGCCAAUUUUGUAUUUUUUUGUCUUCUAUGGCUAUUGGUAAGUGUAGUGGUUCUAGGGGUUGCUCGUGCGUAAGCCGGUGCAAACACCUGGCUGGGUUGCCUGAGUGAACCUUUUCUGUCCGGACAGCCACUCACCCGUGGCUGUCUCAGUCGCUGGCAGAAUCCGUCAGUGGGCGUUUCUUAAACUUCUUCCAGCAAAGAAGCUCUUUGACGCCUAGUCUCCUCCUACUCUCUCUGCGCGAAAGCCUUCUGCGCAAGGAGGGCGUAGGCAGCGGAGGACCUCUACUCUGCCCGCUGGUCCCUGGCAAGGAGUCAUGGGACCGCCUCGCCGCUUCCCCCAUCUGCCCCCCUUCUCCACUGGUGCUAUGCUGAUUCUCUUCCCCAGAAGAUGGGCUACCUCUCCCAAUCCCGGGACGCUCUCUGGAAUCCCUCUGGAUUUUGCUCUCUCUCUCCGGCACUGAUGGCAGUUCCCUGACAGUAAGACUCUAAAGAGAUAGGCACAGCAGCACCAUCAUUUUUAUAGUGGUGAUUCGGCCCAACCAUGACAGUGAACCCUUGCUCCAGGUUUUCAAUUUUUGUCUAAUCUCUCAGAUCAUUGGACCAAAAUUAAGCUUUUCCAAAUUUAGAAGGUUCCUAGGGAUAAUAACUCCUAAAUAUUUAAAAUAUUUCUGACAAAGUUUUGUUCCAGUGGAGCGCUGAAGUUGGCAUAUGAAUGCAUAGCAGGUCUAAUUUGCUAUAGUUAACACAAAAACCAGAGACCUUUCCGUAAGCACCAAGAAUUUUCAUUACUGCCGGGAGACUUGUUCCAGGGCAAGACAGCAUCAAGGCUACGUCAUCUGCAAACAUGUUCACCAGAUGACUCUGCCCAUUAAUUUGUAUUCCAGACACCUCAGGGUCUCCCCUAAGUGCUAGAUCCAGGGCAAAAAGCAGGGGCGACAAUGGGCAGCCCUGUUUCACGCCCCGGCCCAUCGAUAUAGGCUCCGAGUGUAUACCAUUUAUCAAAAUAUUUGUGGUGCAAUCCUGAUAUAAGGUAGUCAGCAGUGCAAUGAAUGGGGAUCCCAUGCCAAAACCUCGCAAGGUUUCAAAAAGAAAAUUCCAUUCAAGACGGUCAUUGCAUCCAAUGUAAGGAUGGCUGUCGGUGCCAGUUGGUUUGAUCCCCAGUAUAUUGCACUGAGGAUCCUCCUAAUUGGGGUAGUUAUUGAGCUUUGCCUAAUAAAACCUGUCUGAUCCAAAUGUAUAUAAUUCGGUACAAUUGUUGCUAACCUGUGUGUAAUAAUACCUGUAAGUAAUUUUAAAUCAACAUUUAUUAAUGAGAUAGACCUAUAGGACUCAACUGACUCCAAGUCUUUAUUUGGUUUUUGUAGCACUACAAUGUGUGUGUUUUUCCAAGUUCCAGGUAUCAGGCCAUGAUUUUAUAUCUGUGAAUAAUUUCAGCAAGAAUGGAGCAACAAGUUCAGAAAAGGUUUUAUAAAAGUAGCCAGUAAACCCAUCUGGUCCAGGUGCCUUAAAUGGUUUUGUCUUUUUUAUACUAGCUAAUAUUUCCUCAAGGGAGAAGGGUUGAUUUAAGUAAGUUGCAUGCACUUCCGUUAAUUUUGGAAUGUUAACUGUGGCCAGAAAUUCCUGAAUGGUGUUUAGCAAUAGUGUUUCAGAAGCAUGAAAGGCAUGAAAGGCUUGGUUAAUUUUAAGCUUAUUUCACCUUUGCCUGUUUUUAUUGAGGGGAUUGUUCUGUUUAAUUUACAUUUCUUUAGUUGGUUUGCCAAGAUUAUUGAGUUUUUAUUAUGAAAUUCAUUGUAUUGUUGAUUUAAAUAUUGAAGAGAUGUUAUUAUUUUUGGUAUUUCUAAGAUGUCUAAUUCUUUGCUUUUAAUUUGCGAUACACUGUUACCACGUUAUUUUAUGUUUUUCUUCUAAUUCUUUUAUUUCUUUUUCUUAUUAGAGAUGAAUAGUUGAUGUCCUUUUUUUGAUUCUACUCUUCUCACUGAUUAAUGUUCCUCUAAUUACUGCUUUGAAGGUAUCCCAAAUUAAAGCUGGGUUAUAUAAUCCUGUGAUGGGACGCGGGUGGCGCUGUGGGUUAAACCACAGAGCCUAGGACUUGCCGAUCAGAUGGUCGGCGGUUUGAAUCCCUGCGACGGGGUGAGCUCCCGUUGCUCAGUCCCUUCUUCUGCCAACCUAGCAGUUCGAAAGCACGUCAAAGUGCAAGUAGAUAAAUAGGUACCGCUCUGGCGGGAAGGUAAACGGCGUUUCCGUGAGCUGCUCUGGUUCGCCAGAAGCGGUUUAGUCAUGCUGGCCACAUGACCUGGAAGCAGUAUGCCGCCUCCCUCGGCCAGUAAAGCGAGAUGAGCGCCGCAAACCCAGAGUCGGUCACGACUGGACCUAAUGGUCAGGGGUCCCUUUACCUUUACCUUUAUAUAAUCAUGUAUCAUUGAUCUUAAAAAAUUCUGGUAUCUCUUUUUGCAACCGUUCGAGAACCAGUUGAUCUUGCAGUAGCCGUGGGUCAAGUCUCUGUACUGGGUUCCUUGGGUAUCCUCCUUCUCUCAGCAAUUCAGCAAUAACCAUAGCAGACUUCUCCUACUUUGAUAUCUGAGGAGUGGAUCCAAUGGAUCCAUCCCUCUGAUAUCAAUAAAUAAUCAAUUCUAGAGUUUGUAUGGCGAUCAGAGUUUGCCUUUCGCCAGAUAUACAGAGGGGUUUUUGUUAAUGGGGAGCCCCUAUUGACCUUUUUUCCCCCCUGACCUGAACAAUUUCUGUCAAAAUAAUCAUUUAGAACUAAAUUAAAAUCUCCCCCCAGGAUUGUUUGACAUUUUAAAAACUUUUCCAGCUCCGUCAAUGUUUUUUUCCAAAAAUUCUUCCUGUUGGUUGUUUGGUGCAUAAAGAAGGUUGUUAAGUUGCUGCUGAUUUUACUACAGGAUUAUUUAAGAGGCCAUGUAAUAUGUGGUGCCAUGGCAUUUGGGUGUCCCCUAGUUUGUCUUGUAUUUCUUGUGUUGAUAUGUUUGUUUUUAAUAUUUGUAGAAGUCUGUUAAUAUUUGUAGAAGUCUGUUAAUUUAUAGAAGUCUGUUAAUCCUUUGGUUAGCCAAGGUUUUGUGCUGUGUGGUGGAAUGAGUGGUGUGCCAAGAGAAUUAGUGGGGAUGGGGUUGGGGACAGUUUACCUAAUUCUUCUUUCUAUGCUUUAAGCAUGGUCUGUGUGAACCUGUUUAGUGUUGUGGAAAUUUUCUUUAUUUUGUUCGAGAGGAAUGGGGAUGCUUUGCUGUGGAUAUUUUCAGUUGUGUCCCUCUCCGGUGUACCCAUUGUUUUGCGUCAUCUUGGGUCUGGGUUAAAGGCGGAUCUACACGGAUCCUCAUGGAUCCUCCACUUUUUUAAAAAAUAACUCCAACAAAUGCAGUGUCAAAUCACACCUGGAAGGCACGCCUACAGACUUGACUAUAAAAAACGUGGAUCCAACACUUUGCCGCUCUGCAGCACCACAAAAACAUGGAUCCAAGGCAUGGAUCCUCAUGAAUUCAUAUGAUUUUUAUAUUGAAACAAAAUAACAACACCAUGAUACUGUAGACCACAUCUUAGUCUGUAGGCAGAACCAAAAAAAUCACGCAUCCACUGUUUCGUGGUGCUGCAAUGGCGCAAAAACAUGGUUAAAAAACACGGAUCCACAUGGAUCCUCAUGAUUUUUUCACUAGAUCAGCUCAAAGUCACCAUCAGAUCAAAUAUCAUGGCCAUGGGCACACAUCCACCACAAAAAUCAUGGAUCCACGGCUUCCAGACGACACCGUGGCCCAAAAACGUGGUUUUUAAGCACGGAUCCUCAUGGAUCCUCACACUUUUUGCAUUGGGCCAACCCAAACUCAUCGUCAAAUCACACAUCAUAGCUGGCAUAGCCCCUGGGGGCACAGCUUGCACCACAAAAAGCUCGGAUCUACAGCUUCCUGGCCCAGAAACGUGGUUCCGAAGUAUGGAUCCUCAUGAUUUUUGCACAAGAUCAGCCCAAAGCCACCAUCAGAUCAAACAUCAUGGCCAAGGGAACAGCAUGCAACACAAAAAUCAUGGAUCCGUGGCUUCCUCACGAUACCAUGGCCCAAAAAUGUGGUUUUGAAGCACAAAUCCUCAUGGGUCCUCACACUUUUUGCAUUGGGCCAACCCAAACUCACUGUCAAAUCACACAUCAUGGCCAGGGGCACAGCCUGCACCACAAAAAACUAGGAUCCACGGCUUCCUGGCCACUCCAUGGCCCAAAAAACGUGGUUUUGAAGCACGGAUCCUCAUGGGUCCUCAUGCUUUUUGCAUUGGGCCACCCCAAACUCACCGUCAAAUCACACAUCCAUGCCCAGGGGCACAGCCUGCACGACAAAAAACUCGGAUCCACAGUUAUCUGGCAAUGCCAUGGCCCAAAAACGUGGUUCAAGCACGGAUCCUCAUCGAUCCUCACACUUUUCACAUUGGGCAACCCCAAACUCACCGUCAAAUCACACAUCAUGCCCAGGGGCUCAGCCUGCACCACAAAAAAAUCGGAUCCACGGCUUCCUGGUUGUACCGUGGUAGAAAAAUGUGGUUUUGAAGCAUGGAUACUCCAUGGCCCAAAAACGUGGUUUUGAAGCACGGAUCUUCAUGGGUCCUCACGCUUUUUGCAUUGGACCACCCCAAACUCAUCGUCAAAUCACACAUCAUGGCCAGGAGCACAGCCUGCACCACAGAAAACUCGGAUCCACAGCUUCCUGGCCACUCCAUGGCCCAUAAACAUGGUUUUGAAGCACUAAUCCUCAUGGAUCCUCACGCUUUUCACAUUAGGCUAACCCAAAUUCACCAUCAAAUCACACAUCAUGCCCAGGGGCACAGCCUGCACCACAAAAAACUUGGAUCCCCGGCUUCCUGGUUCUAGUGUGGUAGAAAAACGUGGUUUUGAAGCACGGAUCCUCAUGGAUCCUCAUGCUUUUUGCAUUGGGCCAACCCAAAUUCACCAUCAAAUCACACAUCAUGCCCAGGGGCACAGCCUGCACCACAACAAACUUGGAUCCACGGCUUCCUGGUUCUACUGUAGUAGAAAAACGUGGCUUUGAAGCACGAAUCCUCAUGGAUCCUCACACUUUUGCAUUGGACCACCCCAAACUCACCGUCAAAUCACACAUCAUAGCCUGGGGCACCGCCUGCACCACAAAAAACUUGGAUCCACGGCUUCCUGGCCAUUCCAUGACCCUAAAACGUGGUUUUGAAGCACGGAUCCUCAUGGGUCCUCAUGCUUUUUGCAUUGGGCCACCCCAAACUCACCGUCAAAUCACACAUCCAUGCCCAGGGGCACAGCCUGCACGACAAAAAACUCGGAUCCACAGUUAUCUGGCAAUGCCAUGGCCCAAAAACGUGGUUCCGAAGCACGGAUCCUCAUCGAUCCUCACACUUUUCACAUUGGGCAACCCCAAACUCACCGUCAAAUCACACAUCAUGCCCAGGGGCUCAGCCUGCACCACAAAAAAAUCGGAUCCACGGCUUCCUGGUUGUACCGUGGUAGAAAAAUGUGGUUUUGAAGCAUGGAUACUCCAUGGCCCAAAAACGUGGUUUUGAAGCACGGAUCUUCAUGGGUCCUCACGCUUUUUGCAUUGGACCACCCCAAACUCAUCGUCAAAUCACACAUCAUGGCCAGGAGCACAGCCUGCACCACAGAAAACUCGGAUCCACAGCUUCCUGGCCACUCCAUGGCCCAUAAACAUGGUUUUGAAGCACUAAUCCUCAUGGAUCCUCACGCUUUUCACAUUAGGCUAACCCAAAUUCACCAUCAAAUCACACAUCAUGCCCAGGGGCACAGCCUGCACCACAAAAAACUUGGAUCCCCGGCUUCCUGGUUCUAGUGUGGUAGAAAAACGUGGUUUUGAAGCACGGAUCCUCAUGGAUCCUCAUGCUUUUUGCAUUGGGCCAACCCAAAUUCACCAUCAAAUCACACAUCAUGCCCAGGGGCACAGCCUGCACCACAACAAACUUGGAUCCACGGCUUCCUGGUUCUACUGUAGUAGAAAAACGUGGCUUUGAAGCACGAAUCCUCAUGGAUCCUCACACUUUUUGCAUUGGACCACCCCAAACUCACCGUCAAAUCACACAUCAUAGCCUGGGGCACCGCCUGCACCACAAAAAACUUGGAUCCACGGCUUCCUGGCCAUUCCAUGACCCUAAAACGUGGUUUUGAAGCACGGAUCCUCAUGAUUCCUCACGCUUUUCGCAUUGGAGAACCCCAAAUUCACCCUUUAUUCAAAUAUCUUAUACAUAACCGCAGAUCUGACCACAAACAUCAUGGAUCUACUGGUUCGUGGCCCUGGCCAGAUGCUACCCUUCAUAUAUUGGCCAAUUUUUAGGUGGGUGUGCUCGGAUGGAGGAAACAAAGUCGGCUGAAUCUCUAUCCAUUAAAGAUGGGGGUCCAAUGGCUGGGCCAGAAUCAUUUCGGUUUGGUUUGCCAGCUCCCAGCUCUUCAUGGGGCGCAAAAGUCACCUGUAAGUCCCGGUGUGAUCCUGGAGUGGGCUUGCACAUUCCUAUGACCCUUGUGAGUGAAGCCGUCGGGAAUCUCGUACUCCCAGCAGGGUCACCCAAGCCGGUAAGGUCAAAGAAAAUUAAUUCUGCUUCCCUCCUGGAGCCUGAUUGGUCUUUUCCUGCAAGCCAAUCAGUUCUUGCAUUCUAGGAUCCUACUUGCCUAUUGUUCUAGGAUCCAAGCUUAAUACAUAACAGGUAAGGAGCUAGACAAAGAAUGAUCCAAGAAGUCCUCAACAGCAGAACAGGUGGAUGAUAACAAGCAGUGUGUUAAAACGGCUGUGAAGGCGGAUGAAGGCUGCAGCAGAUAGGAUCCACCAGUUCGUUGUGACUACUCAUGCCAUCAGAACAGAGCCCUACUGCAAAGACUGUGCGUUGGUCAGCGUGCACUGAUCUACACACAUAAAACAAAUUCACGCAUAGGUGUCUUCCAAAAACCCAACCCAACCCACCCCCAUGGCGAUCAGCAAAUGUCUACGGGGGGCAGGGAUGUGAAAUCUGGAAGCCCCUAGUCAUGAACACAUGGGCAGUGGAUACAGAUUCAGUCGUUCUGACUCAAGGAACGAGGCAGUUGAGCGGCUGUAUCCAUGACUGAGCAGCCCUUUUUAGGAUCCACUCUGCUCACCCUGAAAAGGGCAAGGGGCUGGAAACAGUGCCCUAAACAUGGUCUGCCUCCCUUUUUCCCUGACUGGAUUGCCCAGUAGGGUCACCACCCAGGGGUCGUAAAAGACAAUUGAACUUUGGAACAUGGAAUAUAUGGACUUUGUCAGAUAACACAGACAGCGAACAUCCUAAACGCAGAACUGCCAUCAUUGCAAGAGAGCUGUGACAUUUUAACAUCGAUAUUGCAGCACUUCAAGACUCUCAAAGAGCAGCCGAGGGACAACUGAAGGAAGAAAAAGGAGGCUACACAUUCUUCUGGAAAGGUCUAUCUGAACAAGAACAUUGAAUACAUGGGUAGGCUUCGCUAUGAAAAACGACAUUAUGAAGCUCCUGUCAGAAGUCCCUACUGGCAUUAAUGAGUGGCUCUCAACCCUUCAAAUAAAGCUCACAAAAAACCAACAGACUACUAUUAUAAGCACUUAUGCACCAACACUGGAUGCCGAUGAAGACAUUAAAGAAAAUGUUUACUCUCAGCUGGAUACAAUCCUAUCAGAGACACCUAAGGAAGAUAAAAUUAUCCUCCUGGGUGAUUUUAAUGCAAGAGUUGGGUGAGAUUUCGAUCUGUGGCCUGGGACUAUUGGGAAAGAAGGAGUUGGCAACAGCAACCAGAAUGGAAUCUUACUUUUGACGAUAUGUGCAGCGCACAACCUUGUUAUUACCAAAACACUCUUUUGACAGAAAAAUAAAUUUAAAACUUCAUGGAGGCAUCCUCGAUCAAACCACUGGCACCUCUUAGACUGUGUUAUUGUCCAUGCUAAAGAUCAACGGGAUGUGCUCCUUACCAGAGCUAUGACGAGCGCUGACGACUGCUGGACAGAUCACCAACUAAUACACGCCACGAUGGCUAUCAAGAUUAUACCUCAACGCAGGCUUCAGGGAAGAAAACCAAGGCGCAAAAUGAACACUCAAGCCCUUCAAGUUCCCAUUAAGCCAGAUUGCUUCCAAAUGACUCUUAAGGACCAUCUGCUUUCAGAAUUCCUGAUAACAUCAAGGAACACUGGACCAAGCUAAAAACAUCCAUUAUUGCAGUCUGUGAACAAACUAUUGGAUACCAAACCAAGAAACACCAGGACUGGUUUGAUGAGAAUGACAGUGAGAUUAAAUGCAUGAUUGACAAGAAAAGGAAGGCAUUUCAGAUCUGGCAAAGAGAAAGAAACUGUGCCACUAAGAAAAAAAACCUAUGCCAAUGCUAAGAACCAGAGAACUAAAAAAACACCUGGUGGAUAAAAAAAAGCUCAAGAGAUCCAGCACUUAGCUGACACUCAUGAUGCACAGAGUUUCUUUAAAGCCACAAAGACCAUCUAUGGACCAAUAAAUCAUGGCAUAUGCGCCCUACGCUCAGCAGAUGGUACCACACUUGUAAAAGAUAAAGAAGCUGUUGCACUGUGCUGGAAAGGACACUACCAACAUCUCCUUAAUCACAACUCCCCCAUAGCUGCUGAGGUCCUCUCACAAAUCCCACAAAAACAAAUUAGAGAUGAGCUUGCUGUAUCUCCAAAUCUGGGAGAGUUGUGUACAGCUAUUAACCAAGUGAAAAACAACAAAUCCAGUGGACCUGAUGAGAUACCUGCUGAAAUCUUCAAAGUGGGUGGAAUUGAACUUACACAACAACUUCACAAGCUCAUCAAAAAAAUCUGGGAGAGAGAAGCAAUCCCAACAGACUUCAGGGAUGCCAAAAUUAUCAAUCUCUUUUGUAAAAGGUGACAGAACUGAUUGCGGAAACUAUCAAGGCAUCUCUCUAUUAGCUGUGGCCGGCAAAAUUCUUGCAAGGAUCUUAGCAAACCGUCUCUUAACAUUAUCCGAGGUGACCCUUCCUGAAUCCCAAAAUGGUUUUCAGCCUUCUAGGGGGACAGUGGACAUGAUUUUCACAGCUCAACAACUUCAGGAAAAAUGCAGAGAGCAAAACCAACCUUGGUGCUCACACCAUGCCGCCAGUUCUAGUGGUGCAUCCAGCACCUCAGGGGCUCCCCUUGCUUGCUUAUGAGAAGAACUGGCUCUGCAUUCCAUACAAAAUGUUGUUUUGCCUGCUGUUUGCUGCAGAGACUGAAGAUUCCUUCCCCCAGGUUUUGGUCCUGCUCAAGAACCAGUUAAGCACUGCUAUGCCCCAUUCAUUUAAACUGCAACUUGGCCCUUCCAUGAAUCCCAUUGAAAUCUAUAACAUUAUUCGGUUGUGUCUCAGCAUAUUUAUGGGAAAUGUCACUAUUAUAAAGAGUUUGGAAGAAGAGUUUGGACUUGAUAUUCCGCCUUUCACUCCCCUUAAGGAGUCUCAAAGCAGCUAACAAUCUCCUUCCUUCCCCACAACAGAAACCCUGUGAGGAGCUGCAUGUGGAGGAGCGGGGAAGCGAACCCAGCUCACCAGAUUAUAAGUCCACCGCUCUUAACCACUACACCACACUGGCUCAAAGACUAAUAGAUGGCAGCUGUACAUAACCUUUAGCUUAAAAAAUAGCAACAAUAUCUAUCUAAUGGAACAGUGCAGUGUACUAGCUAGUUUCAUAGAAUCAUAAAAUCAUAGAGCUGGAAGAGACCGCAAGGGCCAUCUAGUCCAACCCCCUGCCAUGCUGGAACACACAAGCAAAGCACUCCUUACAGAUGGCCAGCCAGCCUCCACUUAAAAACCUCCAAAGAAGGAGACUCCACUACUCUCCGAGGUGGCAUAUUCCACUGUCCAACAGUUCCCUGCCAUGAUGAUGAAAACUAUAUGUUUGGAUUUUGCUGUAUUAUAGCAACCUGUGGAAUAUGACAGUUCGCAGUUUCAAAAUCUAUUUGGCCACAGUGGAUUGACCGUCUGGACACACAGAAACCUCUGGAAGAUAUUUUGAAUCAAUGCCUAUGCGAAAGCAGUGGUACCAGUCCUUGCAGUUUCCUUCACGGUAAACCAUGGUUAGGUCACCACUGGGCCUCCUGCACCCUUCCUUCAAGAAACAUAGUGACCAGCAGCCUUCAAACAAGGAAGGUAAAAUAUCUGAGCAAUAGGUUAGUGGGCAUGAUCUAGACACAGUAAUGUGACUCUCUUUCAAAAUUUGUCUCUUCUUGGGAGGAACAGCAUCAAUUUCCACUUGAAAAUAUUUGUCUUGUCCUUCAAAAUAGGUUUUCCCACUGUACUGUAUUAUUUCUUUUGCAAUCCAGGGUCUAAUGGCAGCCUUAUCCAUGUGUAUGAACUGUAAUUGGGCAGCAGAAGCAAUCAGAUGGGCAAUGGUACAUGUGAAAGGACCGUAGUCACUGGAAUUACCUUGCCUGGGUAUAUCAGUUGGUGCAAAAAAUGCUUCUCGCAGUGAGGGAACCACCAGAAGGCCCUUGGUGCUGGACCUCAGUGGCCGGACAGAACGAUGGGGGUGGAGACGCUCCUUCAGGUCUACUGGGCCAAGGCCGUUUAGGGCUUUAAAGGUCAGCACUAACACUUUGAAUUGUGCUCGGAAAUGUACUCAGAGCCAAUGUAAGUCUUUCCGGACAUGUGUUAUAUGGUCUCGGUGGCCUCUCCCAGUCACCAGACUAGCUGCCGCAUUCUGGAUUAGUUGUAGUUUCCGGGUCACCUUCAAAGGUAGCCCCACGUAGAGCACAUUGCAGUAGUCCAAGCGGGAGAUAACUAGAGCAUGCACCACUCUGGUAAGACAGUCUCCGGGCAGGUAGGGUCUCAGCCUGCGUACCAGAUGGGGCUGGUAGACAGCUGCCCUGGAUACAGAAUUGACCUGUGCCUCCAUGGACAGCUGUGAGUCCAAAAUGGUCCUUCAGGGGCACAGUUACGCAAUGCAGGACCAGGGAGUCCUUCACACCAGCCCCACCCUCUGUCCCCCAAGAAUAGUACUUCUGUAUUGUCAGUAUUCAACCUCAACCCAUUAGCUGCCAUCCAUCCUCCAACCGCACUCACACAGGACUUUCACCGCCUUCAGUGGUUCUGAGUUGAAAGAGAGGUAGAAUCAUAGAAUCAUAGAAUCAUAGAGUUGGAAGAGACCACAAGGGCCAUCGAGUCCAACCCCCUGCCAAGCAGGAAACACCAUCAGAGCACUCCUGACAUAUGGUUGUCAAGCCUCUGCUUAAAGACCUCCAAAGAAGGAGACUCCACCACACUCCUUGGCAGCAAAUUCCACUGUCGAACAGCUCUUACUGUCAGGAAGUUCUUCCUAAUGUUUAGGUGGAAUCUUCUUUCUUGUAGUUUGGAUCCAUUGCUCCGUGUCCGCUUCUCUGGAGCAGCAGAAAACAACCUUUCUCCCUCCUCUAUGUGACAUCCUUGAACAUUUGAACAUGGCUAUCAUAUCACCCCUUAACCUCCUCUUCUCCAGGCUAAACAUGCCCAGCUCCCUUAGCCGUUCCUCAUAAGGCAUCGUUUCCAGGCCUUUGACCAUUUUGGUUGACCAUUUUGGUAGACCUGGGUAUCAUCCGCAUAUUGAUGGACACCGAGCCCAAACCCCCUGAUGAUCUCUCUGAGCAGCUUCAUGUAGAUGUUAAAAAGCAUGGAGGGGAGGAUGGAACCCCAAGGCACCCCACAAGUAAGGGCCCAGGGGUCUGAACACUCAUCCCCCCCACCACUUUCUGGAUACAGCCCAGGAGGAAGGAGUGGAACCACUGUAUAACAGUGCCCCCAGCUCCCAGCCCCUCUAGGCGGUCCAGAAAGAUGUUAUGGUUGAUGGUUUCAAAGGCUGCUGAGAGAUCCAGCAGAACUAGGAAACAGCUUUCACCUUUGUCCCUAGCCCGCCGGAGAUCAUCAACCAGCGUGACCAAGGCAGUUUCAGUCCCAUGAUGAGGCCUGAAUCUUGACUGGAAGGGAUCCAAAUGGUCUGCAUCCUCUAGGGAGUUGUUCAGCAACCACCCACUCAAUCACCUUGCCCAAGAAUGGAAGAUUUGAGACAGGGCGAUAGUUGGCCAUACUGGCCAGGUCUAAAAAUGUUUUUUUAAGAAGCGGUUUAAUGAUCGCCUCUUUCAGCAGGUCUGGGAAUGCUCCCUCACAGAGGGAAGCAUUCACCACCCCUCAGAGCCCAUCACCCAGCCCUUCCCAGCUUGCUUUUAUUAGCCAGGAUGGGCAAGGAUCAAGGAGACAGGUGGUUGGUUUCACGCAUCCAAGCAGCCUGUCCACAUUCUCGGAGGUAACAGAUUGGAAUUGAUUUCAUGCAACUUGGCCAGACAGGGUUCUAGCACUCUCCCGCCCUGGCCUGCUCCCACGGUGGUGUCUACCUCCUUCCAAAUAUGAGCGACUUUAUCUGCAAAAAACUUUGCAAAAUCGUUGCAGGAGAUAUUGGGGUCUUUACAAGGCCCCAGUGGUAAAGGUGGUUCCGUUAAAUUGCAAACCACCUGAAAGAGUCUCCUGCUACUAUUUUCUGCAGAUGCAAUAGAGGCAGCGAAGAAAGUCUUCUUCGCCGUCAGUAUUGCCACUUGGUAGGCUCGACGUUGAGCUCUAACCUGUGUCCGGUCCAAUUCAGAAUGAGUUUUCUGCCACCGGCGCUCUAGCCGUCUCAGCGAUUGUUUCCUCGCCCUCAGCUCCAAAGAAAACCAUUUGGCUGUCUGGGCUCCAUGCAAUCAGAGAGGGCGCUUCGGAGCCAGACAGUCGAUAGCCCUGGUUAACUCCGCAUUCCAGCGGGCCACCAGGAAAUCAGCUGAAAGGCCAUCAACAUGGGAUAAAGCAUGCCCUACCACUCUCUGGAAACCAUUUGGAUCCAUUAAGUGGCAGGGGCGGACCAUCCGAAUUGGUCCCACCUCCCUGCAGAGGGGAAGGGUCGCGGAGAAGUCCAGUUGCACCAGGAAGUGAUCUGACCAUGGCACUUCUUUUGCUUCACUUUUACUUAGUGUCAGAUCACCCACGUCACUAGAGGUGAACACCAGGUCUAAGGCAUGUCCGUGACUAUGAGUUGGGCCAAAGUUAUUCAGGGACAGCCCCUUGGAGGCCAUGCUUUCCAUGAAGUCCCAAGCAGCCCCUUGUAAGUUCGUGUUGGCAUGGAUGUUAAAAUCCCCUAGGACAACCAAGCUAGGUGUCUCCAGGAGAACAUCCGCCAUGACCUGAAGCAGCUCGAGCAGGGAAUCCUUGGUGCAGCGGGGAGGUCAGUACACCAAAAGAAAUCCUGUACUGCCCCUAUUGCCCAACUUCCAGAACAUGCACUCAGAGAACUGGGUCUUCCCAGUAGGAUGUCUGAUGCAAGCUAGUGACUUCCUAAAAAUCACUGCAACCCCCCCCCCCGCCGCCCAUAUGACCUGGGUUGCUGUGCGUAAGAGAAACCUGGUGGACAAGCAGCAGCUAGGACAGGAUCAUCUGCUUCAUCCAACCAAGUCUCUGUUACACAUGCCAGGUCAAGUCCUCCAUCCACGAUCAAGUCAUGGAUGGCAGUGGUCUUAUGAAUCAUUGACCUAGCAUUGCACAGCAACACCUUCAGGUCAUGUGGGUUUCCCUUGUUGAGCGCAAAUAUAACAUUGAAUCACAAUGGUACAAAAUAACUCAGCAAGCUGACAUUUAUCAAGAGUUAAAAAAGGUUAGUGUACUAAAUAUUAUUUCCAAUUCUAGGUUGUUUGCUAUUGGAGAAAUACCAUAUAUGAUUAUAAAAAUCUAAAGCAAGAAUUAUUUUAAAAUAUGAUUUCAUUUCUAGAUCAGUCAGACAAGAUUUCUUCUACUAUAUAUUUCUUUCUUUACCACACACACACAAAGCUUCUAUUUUUAAACAGGAAAUAUUUUUGUAACUAAGGUCUAUUAUACAAAUCCAUACAGAUGUUCAUUUUGUUACAGUUCUGUUAAGUUGUAUACAAAUUAUAAAGAUGAGUCAAUUAUUUACUAAAUUGGUGAGUUUUGCCAUUACUGCAUAUUCUGAUAGUUUCUCUUUCCAUGCAUCUAUUUCAGGACAUAUGUCGGAUUUCCAUAUGUUAGCCAACACCACUCUGACUGCUGUGGUCAUAUAACUAAAUAGUUCCACAGACGAUUUCAUUCCCAACGGCAUAGUUUUGGGGUCCAAUGAAAAUUUAGGGGUUUUUUUUUACAUUUUUUCAUUUCAAAUGAACUUUCCUCCAAAACCUUUUGGUCUUUUCACAGGUCCACCAUAAAUGGAAGAAGAUUCCUUAAGGUCUAUGACAUUUCCAGCAAUGUCCAUUCAUUUCAUUAUUCAUCUUCUGUAUAUUUUUCAAAGUUAUAUACCAUUGAAAGAACAUUUUUGUACAGUCAUACCUCAUGUUACGGCCGCUUCAGGUUACGUGUUUUUGGGUUGCGGACCACGGGAAACCUGGAAGUACCGGAACGGGUUACUUCCGCGUUUCGCCGCUCGCACAUGCGCAGAAGGGCCAAAUUGCGCUGGCGCCUAUGCAGAUGCGGCCCUUCAGGAUGCAAGUGCUGUGGGUUGUGGACGUGCCUCCGUCACGGGUUAUGUCUGCAACCCGAGCUUCCACUGUACCAAUUUUGUUUUAGGGCUUAACUUGCAGUAAAUUUUAUUCCUUUAUUCGUACAGUGGUGCCUCGCAAGAUGAAAUUAAUCCGUUCCGCGAGUCUCUUCGUCUUGCGGUUUUUUCGUCUUGCGAAGCACGGCUAUUAGCGGCUUAGCGGCUUAGCGGCUAUUAGCAGCUUAGCGGCUAUUAACGGCUUAGCGGCUUAGCGGCUAUUAACGGCUUAGCGGCUUUAAGAAAAAGGAAACAAACUCGCAAGAACUAGCAAGACGUUUCGUCUUGCGGAAUGACACAAAAAACGCAAAACCCUUUCGUCUAGCGAGUUUUUCGUCUUGCGAGGCAUUCGUCUUGCGGGGCACCACUGUAAUUGUUCUCAUUGUUCCCCUGUAAAGUGCUCAAACUUUUUGCAUCCAUUUUGUCAUAUAAGGUUUUGCUUCUUCGGGCUCGGUGUCAUAUUUGAGUAAUAGUUUAUAAAUUUUACCCAAAAGGUAGAACUCUGUUAUGAUGGACUCAAAUUCUGUCUUUUCACUGAUUCAAAUGUUUGCCAUACAGUCUUUCUUGAAUCUGGAUAUUAGUUGACAGUAUGUAAGCAGUUUCAUAUUUUUUCUCCUCUUUAAUACUUUGGCAUGUAUUUGAUCUGUUCUUGAAGAUGAACCAUAUCUUGGUACAAUAUAUAGUCAUACAUUUUCCUGUCGGCUCUAAUAAUAAUGUUCCAGUGGUGACAUUAACAGUGCAGGAAAGGGCAUUUUGGGGAUUUCUGUAGUGCAACUCAUGUUUUUUGUGGUGCAGGCUGUGCCCCUGGCUAUGACGUGUGAUCUGACGUUGAGUUUGGGUUGGCCCAAUGCAAAAAGCGUGAAGAUCCAUGAGGAUCCGUGCUUCAAAACCACUUUUUGGGGCCAUGGAGUGGCCAGGAAGCUGUGGAUCCUGGUUUUUUGUGGUGCAGGCUGUGCCCAUGGCCAUGAUGUUUUAUCUGAUGGUGACUUUGGGCUGAUCUAGUGCAAAAAUCAUGAGGAUCCAUGAGGAUCCAUGCUUCAAAACCACAUUUAUGGGCCACGGUAUGGCCAGGAAGCCGUGGAUCCGAGUUUUCUGCGGUGCAGGCUGUGCUCCUGGCUAUGACGUGUGAUCUGACGUUGAGUUUGGGUUGGCCCAAUGCGCAAAGCGUGAGGAUCCAUGAGGAUCUGUGCAUCAAAACCAUGUUUUCGGGCCACGGUAUGGCCAGGAAGCCAUGGAUCCGUGAUUUUUGUGGUGCAUGCUGUGCCCAUGGCCAUGAUCUGAUGGUGACUUUGGGCUGAUCUAGUGCAGAAAUCAUGAGGAUCCAUGAGGAUCCGUGUUUUUUAACCAUGUUUUUGCACCCCUGCGGCCCCACGAAACAUGGUCUACAGUAUCAUGGUGGUUUUAUUUAAUUUGAAUGAAAAAAAUCAUAUGAAUGGAUCCGCCUUUUACCCUUUCCCCCUCAUCUUCUAGUAUACGGGAUUACGUGGUGUACUUAGCUGGCGAUGUUAUAUGCUUCUCUGUUGGGGAUUCCCCAUCCUACUUCUGAGGAAGGGAGGUGCAAGUAUUUGGCGCUUAUUCUUGAUUUUUUGUGUGAGAAGAUAAAUGACUAUAAUUUUUUCUGCCAUCUUGGCUGGGGGAAUCCUGAUUGGGAGGAUUUGGAAUAGGUAGGUUAAUUUAAGAAGGGUGAACAUUUUGAUCAUGGCUAUUUUGUCAGAGAGAGUGAAACUGGUGUUGUUCCAUCUCUUUAGGUCUUUGUUGAGUGGAAGGAGUGGAGGUUUCUGGUUAUUUGUACCUCUAGGUAUCUGAACUUGGUGCGGCAAAGUUUUAUAUUGGUGAUGUUAGUGAAUUCUUUUUGGGUAUGAGAGGGUGUGUUGAAGCACAUAGCCUCAGACUUUGCAAAAUUUACCUGUAGGCCCAACACCAUUGCAAAUGUGUUGAGUUCUCUGAUUAGGGAGGUCUGGGUUUAUGGGGUCUGGGGUUGUAACCAUUAGGUCGUCUGCAAAGAGCUCUGAUUUAUAGGUUCUGCCUUUUAUUUCCACUCCCUGUGUGUGGCUGCUCGGAUUCGGAUUGCUAGAGGUUCCAGAGCCAGGAUGAAUAGGAAGGGAGACAGUGGCAAUGGUGGGAGCCUACCCCUACCCCUGCUCACGACCAGGAUCCUAAAACUCCACAGGAGCAGUGGAGUAGUGUUGAUUUGGAACAAUGGUUUGCUGAGUGGCACAGUUUGGAAGACAAUAGUUGGGCAGAACUGGGAGGUGAACAGCAAGAAGAACGGGAAGAGAGUGAUCUAGCCGACUCUCUCUCACCAGAAGAUGUGCAGCCUCUCAGUUCUAAGGCUAGGAUAAGGUGCUCAGUGGUUGAGAGAUCAGGUGGCUAGGAGACGAGAGGACAGAGUGGCUAGGAGACGAGAGGACAGAAGUGACUGGAGGGAAGUGGGAGGAACAUUAAAUGGGAGCACCUGCACUCCGAGAAUGGUCGCUUGUUCUUUUGCUGCAUUCAUGAAACAUUAAACCAUCGGCUGUGGUGAGGACUGCAGGGCCUGCUCCCUUCCAAGGCCUUUUCCAGCUGACCCAGGGGGCGGGGCCCAGGCCCUCACACUCCUGGGACUCCUGUUGCAAUGCUUAGAGUGUGGGGCUGGACUCAUUUGGAACAAACUCCUGGGGAAGUGUGGGGUUGACCAUAACAUCCUUCUGGACCAUCUAGAGGGGCUGGGAGCUGGGGGCACUGUUAUACUGUGGUUCCGCUCCUUCCUCCUGGGCUGUGUCCAGAAAGUGGUGGUGGGAGAAAGGAGUGUUCAGACCCCUUGGCCCUCAGAGUUCCGUCUCCUCCCCCAUGCUUUUUAACAUCUACAUGAAGCUGCUGGGAGGUUUGGACUGGGUGUCCAUCAAUAUGCAGAUGAUACCCAGCUCUACCUCUCUUUCAACUCAGAACCAGUGAAGGCAGUGAAGGCAUAGCUGUCAAGUGUCCCUUAUUUGAAGGGACAGUCCCUUAUUCCAUGGCCAUGUCCCGCUGCUGUCCCAUAUUGAGGGAUGUCCCUUAAAUGUCCCUUAAAUGAUGUCCCUUAAAUUUCAAAGGAAGCAGCUCCUCUCCCUCCCUCCCUGCUGGCCUGCGGGAGGAGGGAGGCUCCAACUGUGUUGUUUGGCUGUGCUGCUCACCCAAUAGGAAGUCUAAGAACGACUGGGGGGUGGAGCUUGCGUGGCUUGUGUGUGGCUAGUUAAUGCAAGCUGAGGGGUUUUUUGAAUGCUGGAUGCCAUUUUGUUGCACAUGCUGCUGCAAACUUUGCAGUGCAAAGCCAGGCAGGGGGGCCAUCUUAAGUUGAGGCUGCAUAGGCCUGGUGGUGCAUGUGAUUCAGAUUCUAGUCAGUUGAACCUCUGGUUACAAAGUUGGUUGGACAGUGUUCUCGAAGCUACCAGCAUGAGUUUGACCAGACUGCAGGAGGACAGGAAGACUGGAGUGCCUGGAACAGGUGAGGCUGCAGGUCCCUUAUUUUGGCUGCUGGUCCCUUAUUUUCAAGGCUGCUGCUCCCUUAUUUUCAAAUCUGUAAGUUGACAGCUAUGGGUGAAGGUCCUGCGCGAGUGCCUGGAGGCGGUUGGAGGAUGGAUGGCGGCUAAUAGAUUCUUGAUUCCUGACAAGACAGAAGUACUGUUCUUGGGGGACAGAGGGCGGGCCUGGUCUUGAAUGGGGUAACAGUGCCCCUGAAGGACCAGGUGCGCAGUCUGGGAGUCAUUUUGGACCCACAGCUGUCCAUGGAGGCGCAGGUCAGCUGUCUACCAGCUCCACCUGCUACGCAGGCUGAGACCCUACCUGCCUGCAGACUGUCUCACCAGAGUGGUGCAUGCUCUGGUUAUCUCCCGCUUGAACUACUGCAAUGCGCUCUAUGUGGAGCACCUUUGAAGGUGACCCGGAAACUACAACUAAUCCAGAAUGCGGCAACGAGACUGGUGACUGGGGGCGGCCGCCAAGACCACAUAAUACCAGUCUUGAAAGACCUACCUUGGCUCCCAGUACGUUUCCGAACACAAUUCAAAGUGUUGGUGUUGACUUUUAAAGCCCAAAACGGCCUCGGCCCAGUAUACCUGAAGGAGCAUCUCCCCCCCCCCAUUGUUCUGCCCUGACGCUGAGGUCCAGCACUGAGGGCCUUCUGGCGGUUCCCUCAUUGCGAGAAGCAAAGCUACAGGGAACCAGGCAGAGGGCCUUCUCGGUAGUGGCGACUGCCCUGUGGAACGCCCUCCUAUCAGAUGUCAAAGAGAUAAACAACUACCUGACAUUUAGAAGACAUCUGAAGACAGCCCCGUUCAGGGAAGUUUUUAAUGUGUGACAUUUUAAUGUAUUUUUAAUCUUAGCUGGAAGCUGCCCCAAAAUAUUAUUAUUAUUAUUAUUAUUAUUAUUAUUAUUAUUAUUAUUAUUUCUGUUACUGGUAAGAGACUGCUUUCUCUUUGUACUGCUUAUCUAUGGCCAAGGGGGGAGGAAGCUGAGCCCCAAAGCCUGACAGCAUCCAUGUUCUGUGCCUCUUUGGAUAGCUAUGGUAUUAGAGUCCAUACUGUUAGUCCUGCAUUUUGCUGAAGCUCGGGAGUAUAUUUGUUUGAGGGUUUCUAAGAAUUUUGAACCAAAUUUCAUGUUAGUUAGUACUGCUAAUAGGUUUUUCCACUCUAAGCAAUCAAAAGCUUUGAGGAUGUCUAGGGACAUAAUUGUCAGUGGAAGUUUAGUUACCUUGCUGUGUUCAAUCAGAUUCAGUAGUUUCUUGAUGGGAUCUGUUAUAUUGCGACCAGGGAUGAAGCCAGUCUGGUCUGGGGCUAUUAACUUGUGUAAGAAAUUUUUUUGGCGGUUGGCCAAAAUUGAUGUGAAUAUCUUUUAGUCUUGGUUUAUUAAUGAGAUUGGGCAGUAUGAUUCUACUUUGAGGUUGUCUUUCAGUGGCUGGGGUAGUUAGGGAAUGUGAUUUGAUGUUGUCUGGGUUGGUGUUGGGGUGCGGGUGGGAAUGGGGAUCUCUAUGGAGGUGUGGGGCAGGGGAGGUAUUGGUUGUGUUGGCAUGGGGUAGAGGAAAAGGGGAAGGGGGGUCACUAGUCUGUCAGCUGUGUUGCUGCAGGGUUGUCAAACUAUGGUUUGAUUUAUUUGGUUGAUGUUGGUUUGCUGUCUUGUGGUGUAUAUUCAGUGGGACGAUUCUAUGAGCAGUGCUUGACUGUACCGGUUUGCAUUGUCGUGUCGUGUCUGUGGUUUCUUCUUCCUCUUUACUGUCAUCCAAUUACUUGCUGUUGUUUCGUCAUGGCUGUCGCUUUGUGAGUCUGUCGAUUGCCAUUCUGGCGGAGGGUCGAGUCCGAGGUUCUUCAGUAAUUGCAGGGCUUCAGGUAUGUUGGUAGCCGUGUGCUGUGCUGUGUUGGUUGUUACAAUGAGGUGGACGGGGUUUUCAGAGAUUGGUUGAGUUUCUGAGGUUGUUCCAUACUUCUUUAUUUUUGUAGCAGGCGAAGCACAUGAUGAUGUUUUUUGGGGGGCGUUGGUUUCCAGCAGGGGUUUUAGAGCUCUGGGAGUGUCAGGUUUGGAAUUCUGGUUUUUAUCCAGUGUACUAUGAGGUCUGCUAGGCUUUUCUCCUCCACUUUUUUGGGAAAGUUGCAGAUGUCCACAGCAAUCUUCAAUGUCCACUUGUUUGAUUCUCAUUUCUGUGCUUUCUGUUUCCAGGCAGCUUACCAGUUCAGCCAAUUUAUUAUUCACACAUGUGUUUUCCUCUUGGUACUGCUCUACUAUUCUUUCUUGCAUUUGCUUCUUGUUCUCUAGAGUUCCCACUUUGGAGGUCAGGUCGCUGAUUAUUAUCUGCAGGGGAGACACUGUGGUCUUCAGUAGUUCUGCUAAUCUCAGUUCCAUUUCCCUCUGGUCUCGUUCUGUUGUUGGGUUGUUGUCAUUUGGGUGUGUGUGUUGUGCUCUCAGUGCUGUUCACCAUCUCCCUGGUUGGUGCCAUCUCGAUCUCCCUGAUGCUCUUGGUUUGAGAUCUGCGUGGUGUCCUUUUGGUGUGGAGCGUGUUACGGUUAGGAGUUGUGGUAGUGGUGGUUCCUGGGUGUUGUUGGGUUGCUGAACAUUAUUGAUUGGUGGCUUUUACAGAGCAUCUGGAUUAGAUGGCCAUUUUUGUCAUGUCUGGGAUGUGUUUUAAGGGCUUCUCUGGGGUUUCCAUAGUUGUCCCAGUUGUGUUGGUGAACAGCACUGAGAGCACAACAGACAAGCAGACAGACAAGUAGACCAACAGACAAACAGUUCACAUAAAAGGGUGACAUAAAAGGCAGAGAUGCAAGAGACCGGUGGGGUGGGGCCAGAGGGAGGAUGGGGGGGGUUAAUUUUGGAUACCCCCGUGCGUACAAUGGGGAGGAGUGGGUCCAAUUAAGGGUGGGAAAUGAGAUUAGAGAGUUAAAAAUUUAAGACAGGCAGGGUUGUGUUCAGGAACGAAACGAAACCAAACAAAGACAAAAGGGAGAGAGGAAGAGGAAGAGGAAAGAAGGGAUAAAAAAGGAGGGAAGUUAGAGUAAAAUAUAAAGACGAAAAAAUGAGAGAGAGAGAGAGAGAGAGAGAGAGAGAGAGAGAGAGAGGAGGGUGGAAAUAAUAACAGUAAUGAUUAGAAAAUUGCAGUGGUGGUCCAAGUUAUGGAUGUAUGAGGUAGGUGACCACAAAGGAGGGGUUACUAUUGAAAGUGGGUGGGGAGAUAUAGGUCUGUAAUUUUAAUUAUUUUAAUUAUUAUUAUUUGUUGGAGGGGAAGGAGAUAAAAGAAAGGAGAGAGGAAGGAGGCAGUAGGAAAUUUAAGAGUUAAGAAAGAAGGAAAGAGAAAGCAAAAAACAACAAAACCGAAAAAAGAAAAGAAAGAGAGUGGUGGUGCCUGGAAGUAGUAUAUAUACUAUCAAAUGAUAAAAGUAAAAUAUAUCUGUAUAUGUAGAAACUCGCUUUGAGAGGGGGGAAAUAAAAUAGGGGGGAAAGGAGGGGGGAAUGGAAAAGUUUUGUUUUAAAAGAGGCUGAUGGUAGUAAUGGGAAGGUGGGGGGAGGAAGGAUUCCCCCCCCCAAAAAAAAACAAACAAACAGGGACUCAGAUUUUUAUUUUAUUCUCUUUUUUCUAUUUAAUAUAAAAAAUGAGAAAUAAUAAUAAUAAUAAUAAUAAUAGAAUAAAAAUUAGAAGGACAGAAAAUCAGGGCUGAAGUGGUGAUCCCAGGAAGUGGCCUGUUCAGGUCUCCCUUCUGGGCACCUCCAUUUUAAUUCUUAGGAGUUAGAAAAAAUAGAGGUAAAAAAUCCUCCCUGGCCCUCCUAGUUCUCACCUACCUCUCCUCUUUCUUUGGUGUCAGUGGCAGUGGCGACAGCCACUUUUUUCUUUGUUUUCCCUUUGGCUUCAGGCCCUGGAGCUCUGCCGGGGCAUUGGUUGGGUGCUCUUGGUGCCGGUGUUGUAAGCCAAAAAUGGCUUAUCUUCUGAGUUAAGCCAAUAAAACUCAGAGACAAGAGGAGUUAGGAAUCCAUUGUUGUUUAUUGCAAAGCAAUAGGUUACAGUCGAAUCUUUUUGCAAAACUGCAACCCCGCCCAAGGGUCUGGGCAGGGGUAUUUAUAACAUUUCAAACAAAGGAUUUCAGUUUUCACCAAUCAUGUACAUCAUUACCUCAUUUCAUCUUUAAUACACAUGUGCAAUAAGCAUUGCUAACUAAACUUUGAUUCUCACCGUGAUUGUGUUAGUAUGCAUGUUGGGAAGCCAUUUGCACCAUGUAUCAACUUAUGUUCUAGUUUAUGAACUGUAUCUUUGUGAUUGACGUAUUAGCUGUCCUUCUGUCCCAGUGGGGCACGGCGACUUGCCAAAUCAUCAGUUUCAUAAAGCAACAGGUUACCAUAACUUCUCUAUUAGAAGCAUAUUCAAGGAUUUAUAGGGGUUCAUAUUAUCACAUUCAUUAUGGCCCUUUGGGCCACUACCACACCGGCACGGCCAAGGUCACUGGGGAGAGUCUUGGCGGCUUCCCCCGCUGACUCCCGGUUCCCCUCCGGUGGUAGCAGUGGCAGCCCUGGCAAACUGAAGGCCAGCCAGGCAGCGCAGUUGGAGCUGGCUGUCUUCAGGAGCUCCAUGUUGCUGUGGCGCCCACCAUCUUGCCUCGCCGGAAGUCCAUGAGCCUUUUUUAAAAAAUACCUCAGAUCGCAGCAAAAAUGUAAACUCAAUUUAAGAGUGGUAAAAUGAGAAACUGCAGAAAGUUGUGCCAUCCACAAGGGUGCGUGUGUUUACCCUCCGCCUGAUUAGAUUACCCAAGCCUUUUUUGCCUGCACAUGUCCUAAGGGAGCUAUUAUUGCAAUCACAACAUCAUUGUGGAUACACACACUCCAUUGCCAAAAAUGCCCCGUCUAUUUUGAUCUGUUUUCAAAUGGACACAGGCCACAUUCACACCAUAUACUAUAGAAUUUUAAACAGUCAUGGCUUCCCCCGAAGAAUUAUGCAAUCUUUAGUUUGUUAAGAUUGCUGGGAGAGACCCCUUUCAGAAUUAGAAUUCCCAGAAUGGUUUUACACUGUUAUGUACUAAGCUUGGGUUGUCUAAUGACUCUCAGCACUCUUAAGAAGUCAGAGCUCUCAGAAAUCUUUGGGAGAAGCCAUGACUUUUGGCGUCAAAGAGCUUUAAAUGUAUGAGUGUGAAUGUGGCCUUACUGCAGGGCAAUGCAGAAUCAAACUGCAAAUAAGCUUUUGUUUUUGGGAUGAAGCUAGUUUCUCAAGAAACGCUUUUCAGGGGCAAAACAAUGUGCAAUGGAUCUCAGUUGUGUGUGGAUUGCAUAGAAAGCACAAGUGCUCAGUUCACUUUGAUUCUAGAAUGAAAAGUCUGUAUCGAACCCCUCUCUGCCUCCUACAUUGUAUGUGGGGGGGGGCUCAUUUAAUUUCACUGCACACAGGUGGUGUAGUGACAAUAAAGGUUUAUUAUUAUUAUUAUUAUUAUUAUUAUUAUUACAGGCAGUGCCACAGGUGGUUAAUGGCAUGCUUCAGCCUGACAAUAGAAUUCUGGAAGAAGCACUGCAGGAUGUGGCAAGCAGUCUCAGAGACAUGGCCAGGGUGUUGAAGAAAAUGCAUGGUAAGCUUGAUAUUUCCCACUUUCAUUCACAAACUAUUGCUCAGCCAUUCAUAGCAAAAGGACAGAAAAGCUAGAAAGCUGGAGAAAAUAGCAUAAAAGUGAUAUGCAUGGGAGUAGCAAUGGGAGUAGUAAAUGCCCUCCAGAUGUUGUUGGACACAACUCUCAUCAUCCCUGAUGGGAAUUGGAGUCCAAAGACUCCAAAUGAAGAAGAACCACAGGCUGGCUAUCUAAAACACAACAGUUGUGUGUGUAGACUAUGAUUGUGCAGAAAUAUGGAAAAGUCUCAUGAUGUGAUCCUGACAACAGAAUUCAACUUCCUGAGAAUAUUACUGCCCUGUGAAAAAGAAAGUGCAGAUUCAGCUACUCAAAGUAGUUCCAUUGAAAUGAAUGAACCUAAGUUAGUAAUGGGUUUGCUCUGAGUAGAACUAGCACUGGAUAGGAUCAGAAAGGGAAACCCAAUGCAGCCACUGAGGGUUGCCUGCUUGGCAGUGACCUGUCACAUGACUUUCUUGGUGAAACGUUCAUUUGUGGAAUGCCCUCCAUUGUGAGGUGUGUCAGUCUCCCUCAUUAUUAGCAUUUAGGAGAAAUUUUAAAACACUCCUGUGUCAGCAUUUGAGAGCUGAAAGUCCUGCCCCCUGGCACCCCUGAAAUUAUUAAUUUGAGAAUAGGAGCGGUUUUUUGUCGUUUUUAGAAUAUUGUUUUCAACUGUUUCAAGAAAUCUCACUAGUCUUGUUUUGGUAUUGAUGUGUUUUCUGCAUGGGCUCCUUUGGAGAAAGGGUGUUGUCAGGGGUUCAGGAGCAGAGGCACAGGAAAGGGAGGAAAUAGAGAGCGAGGGGGAGGAGUCCGAAGGAAAUGUUAGCGAUGACAGCGGUCCGAGGUCUCUGAGUCUUUCCAGCGAAUCGGAAGAUUCACAGAAAGGGGCUCCCUUGGUCAGAGCAAGGGGGUGCCGAGGGGACACCCCAGGAAGAAGGGGCCAGAGGGGACUCAGAGAGCAGCAGUUGGAAAUCAGGACCAGCGUCCACACCAGAGUGCAGUAGGGGGGAGGGGUCCCAGGCAUCGGGAUCAGGCGGCGCACUGCCAGUGGGAGGACAUGAGUCAGGAUUGGCCACGCCUCCAUCGGGGAGCGAGGAAACGGUCGAGAGGAAGGUUGAAGGCUGGGCGCGCGCGCCAAGUUCAAAUGUACAGGAGGGCGGCGCAGUUGGCAGCCCGGAUAGGGAGCCAGGUCCCAAAGCCCGCCGAAAAGAGGGGAGGAGUCAGGGGGUCAGCGUCAGAAGAAUCCAGGAAGGAAGGGACCCCGGGGGGUAGCAGGACCCAGAGGAGAAAGGAGAGACGUAAGAGGUGGAGUAAGGCUAGAAUCUUAAACGGGUGUACAGGGGCGGAGACUCAGAUGGAGCUUCGCCGAUCUAACCCCUAGACGUAGAGCUGGGGCGCUGCGGCUUGAAAAUGGAAACUGUACUUCAAUAAAGACUUUUGUACAUUACUGCCGGCUAGCGUUGGUCCUCUGUGAGCUGGGACCUGGAGCCAGCUCUGACAGUAAGCUCCAUCCCUGAAAGUUUUGCACCAAAAACCUCGUAACGUGAGUGGACGCAGCGAGGGAAGAAGAUUGGUGCUUCGCGAGCUCACAAAAGUCAGGCAAGAUGACUACAGAACAGCAACUAGCAGCCCUGCAAAAUGCAGUGACACAACUCAACGCGGAGGUACUCGCAUCCAGGAAAAGGGAAGAGGAAGCGGCUGCCGCCUGCAGGGAUCUCCAAGCCAGGUUGGAAGUGCUUGCUAAGCAGGGGCAACCGGGACCCAAAUCAGAGGGGAUUGGGCUGGGGAAAAGAGGAGGCAGCCUGGUAUCUCAUUUCGAUGGGAAUUUGCAGCAGUACCCUAACUUCCGAGCAGACGUGCUGUUUGCGCUGGAACUGCUGGAUAAAGACUUUAGAGAUGAGCAAGAGAAGGUGGGGUUUAUCUUGUCCCAUUUGCAUGGGGAAGCUAAAGCGUGGCUGCGCAAUCUGUGGAGAGAUAAGGAUCCGGCGCUCCAAAAUGCGGAUGCAUUCAUUAAAGCGAUGGAUUCGUGUUUUUAUCAAAUAUAGACAUUGAUAUCGCCAGAAAAGACAUACAUGGGCUCAAACAAGGCAGAGCCAGUGUAAGGCAGUACCAUUCCCGCUUUUUGCAUUAGUCCAUGCGCUGGGAUGGGAGAAGGAUUCUGCCCCAGCCAGAGACCUUUUUGGGAAGGCUUGAAUGCAAAUGUGAAAGAUGAGAUUGCAAGGGGGGAGAGACCAAAGAGCACUCAGGAGGUUGUCCGGCGGGCGCUGCAAAUUGGGGUGCGUCUGGAAGAACGUCCAUGGAACAGAGAAGAAGGACGUUGGGGACGUACGCCAGUGAGAGCACCUCCCUCUUUCCCAAGGAUGCAGCGCGUGUGCAAUCCCCACCUCCGCAAGGAGGGGAGAGCAACCGAUGGAGAUUGGAGGCGCCAGGGCUCAGUCAGCAACCAGAGCCCUAACACCGGGAGCAGUCAAAGCGAAGCCUCCUAGAGGGAACAGGAAGUGCUACAUCUGCGACAGUGCUCAGCACAUGGCGAAAGAGUGUCCCCAGAGGCUCCACAAGCACACUGCAGCCUCAGCAACAGUAACAGACGCAACUCAGCAGAGAGAACCACAGCAGGGAAACGACAGAGUCUGGUUGGAGGAAGAGGCACUGGGGCCCAGCCAGACAAGUCAAUGAAGCCGUCCCCAGAGAUUUUGCAGCCCAAAGACACCCUCACGCCCAAACCAGUGGUGCAGCUCACAGCAUCGCUCCAACUACCCAAUGGACUCACUAUGGAAGUGCCGAUUACCAUUGACUCUGGUAGUAACGCAGACUUCAUAGGACUGGAUUUCAUUCAAGAGCACAACAUAGCACUCCUGCCAGCCACGCUGCCUCUGAAAGUUGUCACGGUGGAUGGCAGGGAAUUGCUGGGGGGGCAGGUGGUGCAGCAAACGCCUCCGAUGGUGAUGCAAAUUGGGAAUCACCGAGAAGUCAUCAGCUUCAAUGUCACCCAACUGUCGGACACGCCUAUAGUAUUAGGCAUGAGUUGGCUGCACAGGCACAGCCCAGCAUUGGCGUGGUACCAGCGACAACUGACCUUCGGCUCCUCAUACUGUGCGGAACAUUGCAUUCUGCCUAGCCCGGAAGGGGAAGAGGAUGACCCGCAGCUACAAUUAGGCACGCUGCAAGCAGUGCCACUCAAGUACGCAGCGUUUUUGGAGGUUUUCUGCGAGAAGGAAGCGGACAAGCUACCUCCCCACAGGUCCUAUGACUGCAAGAUUGACCUCCUGCCAGGGGCGACGCUGCCAACCGGGAAACUGUAUUCCAUGUCUGAAGACGAGCUGCAGGAACUCAGGGAGUUCAUAGACCUCAACUUGAAGCGCGGUUUCAUCCAGGAGUCGAAGGCAGUGGGGGGCAGUCCUGUAUUCUUUGUGAAGAAGAAGGACACGCCCCAAAAAAGGCUUGUGGUGGACUAUAGAAUUUUGAACUCGAAAACCAAGCCCACAGCCUUUCCCAUGCCCAAGAUAGAUGACCUGCUCGCAACGGUGAGGAAAGGACGCGUUUUCACAAAGUUGGAUCUGCGAGGGGCGUACAACCUGAUUCGCAUACGGGAGGGCGACGAAUGGAAGACUGCCAUGUUCACGCCCCUGGGCACCUAUGAAUACAGAGUUAUGCCCUUUGGAUUACAAAAUGGCUCCCACUGUUUUCAAGCCUUCAUGCAUCACGUAUUGGCGGGUCUCCUCUACAAGAAAUGCGUCUGCUUCCUGGACGACAUCCUGAUAUUUUCAGAAUCAGAGGAGACCCACGAGGGAGACGUCAAGGAAGUUCUGCAGAGACUGCAGGAGCACAGGCUGUACGCCAAGCUGGAGAAGUGCCAGUUCGACAUGAAGGAGGUAGAUUUCCUGGGCUACAAGUUGUCGGACAAGGGGCUCGCCAUGGACAGCGCCAAGGUUCGCUCAGUGUUGGACUGGAAGAGCCCGCGCAAUCGGAAGGAGGUCCAGCGGUUUGUCGGUUUCGCCAACUUUUACCGCAAGUUCAUCAAGGGGUUCGCGAUGCAGACGGCGGCCAUUACCGACACGCUCAGCUCCAAGAAGAAGAAGUUCAUCUGGACGGAGCAAGCGGAGCAGUCCUUUCAGAAACUCAAGCGUCUCUUCUCGUCCGAAGAGCAGCUACUGCAUGUGAAUCCCAGCAGACCGAUGAGGGUUGAAACGGACGCCUCAGACAGAGCCGUGGGAGCAGUACUGUUGCAGCAAGACCCGCAUGGGGACUGGAGACCGUGUGCCUUCUACUCCAGGAAGCUCAGCAAGUCAGAGCAGAACUACACCAUCUGGGACAGGGAGUUGCUGGCCAUUCAUGCAGCAUUCAAGGCGUGGCGGCACUUCCUCAUUGGAGCCAAACACACAGUGCAGGUCCGCACGGACCAUAAAACCUGGAGUACUGGCGCACGGCAAGGUUCCUGAACCAGAGGCACAUACGAUGGGCGGAGUUCUUUGCGGAUUUCGACUUCAGGAUAGAGUACAUCCCAGGCGACAACAACAUCAUGGCGGAUGCACUGUCCAGAAAGCCGCAAUACCUCGAGGAGGCGGCACCAGCAGCGGCCAAGCACAUUUUCGCACCGAAAGCGUGGGCGUGCGCUUCAGCAACCGUGGACCUGGAUGCUGUACGUCGAGCACUGCAGGAGGACCCCUUCGCGCAAGCAAAGAUGGCAGAGGUGCAAAGGGGCACGGCGGAGGACGACGAGUUCCAGAUACGCGACGGAUUGCUCAUCCGCAGAGGGGCCCUCUACGUACCGGGAGACGACCUCCGCGCGAAAGUACUGCAGCAGUUGCACGACGCACCCACCGCCGGGCACUUUGGCAAAGAGAAGACGGUAGAAUUAGUAGCCAGAGAUUUUUGGUGGCCCAAGAUGCGGGAGGAAGUCGCGGAUUACGUCUCGAGGUGCGACACCUGCCAAAGGGCCAAGUCAGUGCACAAACCGCCGGCGGGACUGCUCGAACCGCUGCAGACACCGCUCGAACCGUGGGAGAGGGUGGCCCUGGACUUUGUCACGGAUCUACCCAGCUCGAGGGGCAAGACGGCAGUGCUAGUGGUGGUGGACAUGUUCACCAAAAUGGCCCACUUCAUUCCGUGCGCGAAGGUGGCCACGGCGGAACAGACCGCCAAACUGUUCAUAGACCACGUGUUCAGGGUUCACGGUCUGCCACGGUCUAUCCUGUCCGACCGGGGCGACAGUUCAUCUCGAACUUCUGGCAGAAGCUGAUGGGUUUCCUGAACGUCAAGAUCAACCUAGCGUCGGCGAGACACCCGCAGACGAACGGACAAGCGGAGCGAGUCAACGCCAUCAUGCAGCAGUACCUGCGAUGCUACGCAAAUCAGCAGCCGGCAACAUGGGUGGACUACCUGCCGCUCGCUGAGUUCGCCUACAACAACACGAAGCACGUGUCCACGGGGGUGACACCGUUCUUCGCCAACAACGGGAGGCAUCCCAGAACCUUCCCGGGAUUAGCGAGAGCGGGGAGGGGGAGCCACAGGCAGCGGAAGCCUUAGCAUCAGAGUUGCAGGAGGUUCACGAACAGCUUCGGAGGCAGUUAGAACUAGCAAAGCACGCAUACAAACUGCAGGCUGACAAGCACAGAAGGGUUGGGGAAGACAUACAGGUGGGAGACUGGGUUUGGUUAGCAGCCCAGGCAGUGCCGGCCAGAUCGUUAGCGAAGAAGAAGCUAGGGCAUAAGCAGCUAGGACCCUACCAAGUCGAGGCACAGGUCAAUCCAGUGGCCUUCCGGUUGACACUGCCGGAGGGAUCCAGAAUGCACCCAGUUUUCCAUAGAUCAGUGCUCACGCCCUACAAAGCACCUCAUAGAUUUCAGGAGCCAGGAACGGCACCAGACCCGUUCAGGGAAACGCCCACAAGGGCGCCGCCAAGGCGGGAACCCGUCAACGAAGUCACAGAGAUUUUAGACUCGAGAUGGGGGGAAGAGGGAGUAGAAUAUCUUCUCGCCAGAGAAGGUACCCCGGCCAGCGCCAACAGUUGGGUGCCAGACCAUGCCUUGGACGAACCUUUUCUCAAGGACGAGUUUCAUGCCCUUUUCCCACACAGGCCCAUGCCAGCCGAGUAUUUCGACGACUGGCUUUUCACACCCACAUUUUCAGCUAGCACAUUCCAGGGGUUCACCUCGGACGAGGAACCGGCACUAGAAACACGUUCCCCGGAGGGAUCACCCUCGGGUUCUGCCUCAGAACUUUCAUAUUGGUGGGACAAUCGACCAGAGGAGCAGUGGCGCAGGAAGUGGCUGGGGGGUCCUUGGCAGGCAACGUCCCCGGAGGAGACCGGGGAGAGACGGACAUGGACGUGUUGGGGGAGGACCUUGGGUUCGAGCACGGCGGCAAAGAGAUGGAAGCAGAGGAAAUUGAGGUCGGCGAGAGCACGGAGGACGAGCCGGACUUAUCCGGCUGGAUGCACGCCACGGGGGACGAACUGUAUCCGGCACUCACCCCCACAACGACGGAGCACCCAGUACCCACACCUGAAGGAGGGGAGGGGGAAGGGGGGCUUCGAGGGGGAUGGAUGUCAGGGGUUCAGGAGCAGAGGCACAGGAAAGGGAGGAAAUAGAGAGCGAGGGGAGGAGUCCGAAGGAAAUGUUAGCGAUGACAGCGGUCCGAGGUCUCUGAGUCUUUCCAGCGAAUCGGAAGAUUCACAGAAAGGGGCUCCCUUGGUCAGAGCAAGGGGGUGCCGAGGGGACACCCCAGGAAGAAGGGGCCAGAGGGGACUCAGAGAGCAGCAGUUGGAAAUCAGGACCAGCGUCCACACCAGAGUGCAGUAGGGGGGAGGGGUCCCAGGCAUCGGGAUCAGGCGGCGCACUGCCAGUGGGAGGACAUGAGUCAGGAUUGGCCACGCCUCCAUCGGGGAGCGAGGAAACGGUCGAGAGGAAGGUUGAAGGCUGGGCGCGCGCGCCAAGUUCAAAUGUACAGGAGGGCGGCGCAGUUGGCAGCCCGGAUAGGGAGCCAGGUCCCAAAGCCCGCCGAAAAGAGGGGGAGGAGUCAGGGGGUCAGCGUCAGAAGAAUCCAGGAAGGAAGGGACCCCGGGGGGUAGCAGGACCCAGAGGAGAAAGGAGAGACGUACGAGGUGGAGUAAGGCUAGAAUCUUAAACUGGUGUACAGGGGGGGCGGAGACUCAGAUGGAGCUUCGCCGAUCUAACCCCUAGACGUAGAGCUGGGGCGCUGCGGCUUGAAAAUGGAAACUGUACUUCAAUAAAGACUUUUGUACAUUACUGCCGGCUAGCGUUGGUCCUCUGUGAGCUGGGACCUGGAGCCAGCUCUGACAGGUGUGAUAUAAAUUUAAUAAAAUAAAUAAAUAAUCUGACUUUACCAGUUUUGGAAAUGUGAAAUUUAUUUUUGAUCCAGUUUUGUUUUUGUUUUUAUGCUUCACUUCCUAGAUUACGUGGAUCCUGCAAUAUUCUACGGUGUGAUACGGAUCUUCUUUUCUGGGUAAGUAUAGCAUGUAUACUUUUUGCUCUCCAAACGUUUUCCAAGUAGGAGUAGAGGGACAAGCAGGGGUACACUCUUGAGAAAAUCCGCACUCUAGAAACAGCCACACAUGCUUCUCUUAUUUCUUUAUGCAUUUGAUUCCAUUUAUGCAUCAUUUCCUGUAAAAUAAGUUGAGGUGAGUCCACAGUGAAAACAUCAAGGAUAACUUUUUAUUUCAUUUAUGAAUUGCUUCCCACAAGGCAUCUUGAAAUUAUUUAAAAUGCAAUAAAAGCACAUGCAAAACAAUUGUAUGCAUUGUAUAAAAGCGGCUAAAACAUUAAAAACAUUAAAACAACAACACAUACAUAAAAUCAAUUCUAAUCCAUUACAGAUACUAACUGGGAUAAAAAAUCUCAACCUAAAAGGCUUGUUUAAGGAGGAAUGUCUUUAACAGGCCCCAAAAGACUGGCGAAUGCCACUGGAUUCUUCCUCUUCCCUGCUGGAAAGGGGAGUGGAAAAUUUCAUACCAGUGGCCUUAGUGACUCCAAACAUCCAAAUCACUGAAUUUAUUUAUUUUUUAAUGUAUUUUUUAUUAAUUUUCCAUUAAGAACCUCCAAUUUAUAACAAAUCAAAUCAUAAUCCAAUUCAAAAAUUAAAAUUAAAUUAAAAAACAACCAAAUUACAAUCCAAAUUGUUAAUUAUUAAAUUUCACGCGGACUUCCCAUAUUCUGGACCUCUGAAGAACUCAUCUCAGAUAGUUAUAUUUCUGCCCUCUUGUUGUUUUCAUAUUUUCCACAUUCUGAUCUUAAACUCUCAAAGUCCUCAGUCCCUGGCUGAUCGAUUCUCAAUCAUGUUAAACAAUCAUAUAUCCAGUUUAAUCUAUGUAUGCGUAUGUCCUGCCGCCCACCUGCCACCCACCCUCUCCAUCCAUGGCCGCACCAGGUUUACCUCAGCGUGCAGACUGCGAGGCUCUGGAACUUCCUGCAGCCAAUCUGAAGCCGUGCCAGUGUCGCUGCCCGCCCAGAAGCCGUCCCAGCGUCACAGAAGUCAGUCCCCGCGUGGCGAGGCAUCUGCAGCAUGCAGGGACUGACCGAGCAUACGGCAGGGUCUGCAGGCCAGAUUUACAAGCCGGGGGGGCACAUCCAGCCCCCAGGCCUUAGUUUGCCAACCCCUACUCUGGACUAACUCAGAAAGCAGGCAGAUGGGGGCUGACAGAAAUUAUUGGGACAGUGCCGCAUUAGCCCUAUGGGGUUAUGCAGUUUUCUCUGCUGGAGAAAAUGACACAUCCAAUGAUACCUGCAGCUGCCAAGAAGGGGGUUGGCUAAGGGUGGAGAAGCAGAGGAAGCUGUUGAGGAAGAACUGUUUCUCAGUGAUAGAGCAUCUACUUUGCCUGCAGAUGGUCCCAGGUUCAAUCCCAGGUAGGGCUAAGAAAGACUUCUGUCCAAAACCUUAGAGAGCCACUGUCAGUCAGUGUAGAUAAAUAAUAAGCAAGGUGUGCCAAUGGUCUGACUUUGUGUAGGGAUCCUAUGCUCUUUUAUUCUUACUCUUCCCCAAUAGUGCUCAGUAUCAUCUACAUUAACUGGCAGCAUCUCUCCAGGGUUCCAGAAAGGAGACAUUCCCAACUCUUGCUGGAAAUGGAGCCCAUGACCUUUUGCACACUCAGCCAGUGCUCUACCAUUGGGCCUCAGCCCUCUGCCUUUAAGAGAAACAGAACUGUCUCCCAGCGACAGUUCCACAUUGCUUGGCAAAAAUUCUCAGAAUGCUGCAAGGUCUUCCAAGCGGUUGAAAAGGAGCGGGUUUUUCAGCUUGCAUUUUUCUUUCUUGUGUAUGUGUAUGUGUGUGAUCAUUUUAAUAAAACAACUGCCUAAAAAUUGAGGCUUGCUGAUCUCCAGAGUCGCACCUAACAUCUGGCAGGGGCAGGUGGCAAAGGAUGGCUAAUGAGCCUGCAUACAGCUUGAGUCCUAAGUGAGCCCAAUCCUCAUUUCUAUCUAAAGCACAUUUCCUGCAAUGUGUCACCAAGCAGAGAGGUAUGAAAGCUUUGCAAUUCACAUCUGUUGCAGCCAGAGAAUGCUCUGAAACUCUGCUAAUCAGGGUUGCAACUAGGGGCUGGCUCCUUUGCAGAUAUAGUGGAUGUUAUUAUUAAUAUUGCUGUUGUUAUUUCAUUUAUGGGAGAAGAUGCAACUCUGAAGAAGAUUGCACAUUUUCUAUUUGCAUUGAGACAGAAUGCUGUGCCUUGUCAGGGAGAUCCAGAACGCGAAGUUUAUUUUAUGCUUUUACUCAUUGAGGUUUUAUUCUGGAUUUUGUGCAUUCAUUUUUUCCGUUCUAUUUUAUUUUAACAUUACAUAACUUUGUUAAAAGAGGAACAUGCCCCCUCCUUUUAAAGGGGCAUGUCGCGAUCUGCCAGUGAAAACUGGAAAUUUAACUUAGUUUAGGUUGUAGUUGGGGAAACCUUGGCCCUCUGGAUGUCUCUGAACUACAACUCUUGUGAGCCCUAGGAAACAUGGCCAAUAGGAUGAUGGGAGUCGUAGUUCAGCAACAUUUGGAGGGGCAAAGGUUUGUUUGGAUCUCAGGUAACUUCAUGUUAUACUUUCAUAGUGGCAAACUUUUGUUUUGUAAUGGUCUGAUGACUAGAUACAUAUAAACAAAUCUACUAUACUACUAAUUACUACUAUACUAUUUUUACAUAAAAAAGAAAAUCUACAUUUGUCUCUUCCACAAGUCUCCCAAUAUAUUUGGGGAAAGCAACAUCUGAUUGGUUGAAAAAAAUUCUUGAUGUAAGAAAGAACCUUUUAUUCUUGGUACUCCUUGUGCCUCUGAUGGUUUCAGCUACAGAUUUAUAUUUCUGUAAAUCUUGCAAGCCAUGUGUGCCACACCUCUGUAAAUCUUGCAAGCCAUGUGUGCCACACCUCUGGGUCUCUCAUUUCUUAUGAUGGUACUCUCCACUUGUACCAAUUGUAAAUGUAACAUUCCAUGCCACCCUUGGUUUGGUUUAGUUUUUAUGUGUUGGUCUCAUGGUCUCUAUUAUUGUGAUAUGGGUUAUAUAAACAAAGUGAAAUAUACUCAGAGUCAAGAGUGGAGUUUAAUAAAAAAUACUUUCGAUAAAAGAAUACUAUUUUACUAACAGUACUAUUACUACUAUGGUUAAAGGGGAGUGGGCGGCACUAUGGUCUAAACUACUGAACCUCUUGGGCUUGCAGAUCAGAAGGCUCCCAGUUUCUGCCAAUCUAGCAGUUCAAAAGCACACCAGCACAAGUAGAUAAAUAGGUGGUGGGAAGGUAAAUGGCAUUUCUGUGCACUCUGGCACCCAUCAUGGUGUCCUGUUGCACUAGAAGCAGUUUAGCCAUGCUGGCACAUGACCCGGAAAGCUGCUGUCUGUGGACAAACACGGCCCCCCCCCACCCCAAUGCUUUUCUUUAUGUGCCCCCUCGCCCAGCUUGUCUGGAAUUUUGGUUUGGGUUGCCAUCAGUAUGCUGAUGACAGCCAACUCUACCUGUUGAUGGACUGCCAUCCUGGCUCGGCCCCAGACCCAGAUGUUUGGAAGUUGUGGCUACAUGGGAGCUGGUUGAAGUUAAAUCCUUUGAAGACAGAAGUCCUUUGGCUGGGUCGGGACGAUAUGGGAUUGGGGGGGCAACUCCCAUCCCUUGUGGGGUGCAAUUAGUGCCAGCGCCUUCCAUCAAGAGUUUGGGUGUAAUCUUCGAUGCCUCCCUUUAUAUGGAGGCGCAGGUUGCAGCUAUAACAAAGGCAGCAUUUUCCCAUCUCCGUCAAGCUAAGUCUCUCUCGCCCUGACCUCACCACUGUGAUCCAUGUGACUGUCAUCUCCACGCUUGAUUAUUGUAACUCACUCUACAUGGGGCUGCCCUUGAAACUCCAGUGUGUGCAGAAUGCCACAGUGAGACUCCUCACGGGGUUCUCGCCGCGGGAGCAAAUUCAUCUGGUGCUAUACCAGCUGCACUGGCUCCCAGUGGAGUACAGGAUCAGGUUUAAACCUUUAAAGCCCUAUAUGGCCUAGGACAAUUGUACCUAUGCCACCGCCUCUUCUGCUAACGGUCUGUUAACAACAACACUUUGAAGAUCCCGGGCCCCAGGGAAAUUACACUAGCCUUGACUAGAGCCAGGGCCUUUUCAGCCAUGGCCCCGGCCUGGUGGAACGCUCUCCCACCAGAGACUAGGGCCCUGUGGGAGUUGACAUCUUUUCACAGGGCCUGCAAGAUGGAGCUGUUCCGCCAGGCCUUUAGGCAGGAUGCAGUUUAACUUAGGUACUUUCCUUUGUAUAAAACAAGCCUGAAAGAGGCCCCCAACCCGCUCACAGGUAUGAUCAGUGGAAACAGUUGGUCCUGGCAAGUAUUAACCACUCUCAAUUCCAACCUGAUUCCACCUGUUCAGAUUUUAACUUGUCUGAAUUAAUUUUAAGGUGUAUUUUAAUUAAUUGAUGUCUAUUUUUAUGCAUAUUGUGUUGUUUUUAUGAUGUUAGCCGCUCUGAGCCUGGCUUCGGCAGGGGAGGGAGGGAUACAAAUAAAAUUUAUUAUUAUUAUUAUUAUUAUUAUUACUACUACUACUACUAUAAUUACAAUCUAGUAGUAUUAUUACUACUGCUUAUUGGAUCUACCAUGCAGCUCCUUGAGACGCAAUCUCUCACUGCCUUUACUUCCUUUUAGAUGGAAGGACAGUCCUGCCCUGCCAGAAGGGCUGAUCUAUGAGGGUAUCUCGGACAAGCCUCUGGUGUACUCUGGGGCGAGUGCAGCACAAAGCACCACACUGCACACCUUUGACGAACUUCUUGGAAUCCAGCAUUGUAGGGAAAGCAGUAAGUCUGUUGCUUUGAUGAACUGGAGACAUACAUGCACUGCAUGUGGUUUGUGUAGAUGGUCUGUGGCAGGGCUGUCCCAAGACAUUUUGGCAGCUGAAGUGAACCACAAAAUGGUGCACCCCUGCCCCAGGGAAGAAGGAAUGAGUGAAUAUCUAGAUUGAGAACAAGAGGAGGGGGAUCAAAUCAGCCUUACCUGACAGUUGAAGUGGGACUCAAACUCCAUCAUGGGGUGGGAAGGGACCCACUCUGAAACAUGCCUGGCAGGUGCAGAACCCAGAAGACCCCAGAGGACAGCCGCUGCCAGUUCCUUCCUAACUCUAACCCUAACUGUAUUCACUGAGAGGCCACUGUAGAGGCGACACAGUAGAGGAGUCGUGGGUGCCCUGGUGUGCACAUGCUACAUCACCCCACCAUGUGCACGCUCACACUUGAUAACAUAGCAAGCACAUGCCAGGGGGCAUGGAGAUGUAGAGCGUUUCCCCCACAGCAUUUGUGCAGAACCUGGUGAUUGCGUGAGGCCCCAGGCACCUGCAGUUGUGGGGGCAAGCUGGAUGAAGGGCUGCCAAGGAAGCAACGGCUCCAGCCUCCAACACAUGGCAGCAGGCAAUGCAUUCAUGAUCGGGAACCCUGGUUGCAUGGAAACCCACACGUAUAGGUGACCAGUCUUCCCUUUUCAAUAUGCACAGUCAAUAUGCACCUUAUAAGCACCCUUCAGAUGCUGUAGACAACUCCCAUCAUCCCUAGCUCACAUAGCCCAAUGGUUAGGGGAGUUGAAGUUCCAACUUUGGCUACCAAUGUAGGAAAGGAUCACAGAAAAGAGAGGAGACAAACACACAGUUUAUCCACCUGUGGUCUGAAAUGGUAUAGUUCACCAGGUAUGGUUUUAUCAUCCUGACCUUUAUUUAUUACUGAGAUGGGGGAAAUGUUGAGCCUGCAGACAUUGUUGGACUCCCAACUCCCAUGAGCCUAAGCAGCAUGGCCAAUGGGCAGAGAUGAUGGGAGCUGGAGUCCAGCAACACCCCCAUUCCUGCUGCAUAACAGUACAAUAUUUAUUUAUUAACACACACACUGUUGAACUAUUAAUCCUACUCACUCAUCUUCUCUGUGUCCUUUGCUAGCCACAUUUUUGCACAGAAUGAGGGAGUACAUGCCCCCUCACCAUCAGGCCUUCAUUGAGGAAAUCCAGUCCCUUCCCCCACUGAGGAGUCAUGUGCUGUCCUCUGGCAAGGAGAAGCUCUGUUCUGCAUAUAACAUGUGUGUGGCAGCCCUUUCUGACUUGAGGACCUACCACAUUGCCAUGGUCACCAAGUACAUCAUUUCAGCAGCUCGCAACGCCAAAGCGAAGCCAAGUGAAUCCACUUCUCCAAACCCGCCAUCUUUCCUGGAAGAGAGAGGACAGGUGGCUCCGGGAUUCUGAGCUUUCUCAAGAGUGUCCGGAACACGACAAAAGAAGCAAUUAUAACUUUUUAAAAGCUUGCGCUUUUUCUGCGUUGGGGGUUAAGCUAGGAUGGCCAAUGACGUAGCACUACCCAAAAAAACAAACAACAAAAAAACCAAAUUGGCACAAAAUGUUUCUGUGCUCAUCUAUAUGUAUCGGUGGAAAGGUAGAAAUAAUUACUAUAAUAUAAAUGGAAACUGAAUACAUCUCAUCACAGCAGCACCAGAUUGACCUAGGAGCUUGCUCAAUCUGCUCCGUGGCUGCUGUCAGUUGAACAAAUAUAAACUCUCUCCCUCUCCUGCUCCCACCUUUAGGUGGCAGUGCAAGGAUUUCCGCUUGUGCAACAGCACUUCCCCCCAUUCCCAGCUCCCAUGUGCACCCCUGCCCUCUCCAAAUCUGCUCGGGGGGGGGGGUGCUAAGGGAACUCUAGAAUAAAUUCAAGGGGAAGUGAGAAGAGGGGCGAGUUUCCAUUGUGCAAGCGAAAGUCAUUGCACUGAUAGGAUGAGUUACUUAGCUCUACACUGGAUGCAACUGUUUCUUUUUAAACCAGACAUAGACUUGACUUUACCUACUUAAAAUAAAGCAUAACUUUUUUGGCCCUGGAAGCACAUCAGGAAAACUAAGAUACUAUUAUGGGUGCCACAGUUUACCACUUUCUCACACGAGGAGCUGGCAAUGCUUAGACCCACCCACCCCGCAAAAAAAGCUAGCAAAAUUCCUAUGCCCUCCCCCUCCAAAAUAGAUGCCCCCCAAGCAACCAGAAGAAGCCCUUGCUUUAUUUUUCAGGGCUCUGAACAAGCUCCAUGUGGUGCUAGGGAGCCCAUAAGUGCCAGCAAAAAGUGAAUUAACAUGUCACUAUCCUUCAAAAUUCACACUUCUCUAUUUCUUGAGAUGCAAAAUUUUGAGAUGCAACUCUCCAAACAAAAAUGUGUUUCACAAAGUUGUGAAAAUACACGAAUGUGUAUUCUGAAAAUAAAGGUGUUUGUGAAAAUAACUUACAGAAAUGCAUUAUAUUAGGGGAAAUUGCUUGCAGAAAUUACCUAUAUUAGGGGAAAUGCUCAUUUAAAUGCUGACUAUUUUAAAGUCAACAAAUGAAUGAAAAUUGCACAUUCCUUGCAUGAUAAUUCCAUCAUCCUGAAAGAUUGAUAGAUGAAACCAGAGGCCAUUCUUCUCAAUCCUUGGUUUUAAGUGAAUUUAAUUGCCCAGUAAAGGAUUUCUCCCUGCUUUGUUUGACUAAUCAAGUCUUCUCAUGGAGAGGGCUUUUUGUUUCAUAUCUGAUCUGAACAAGAGGCGAGAUGAAUUAAAACAUUACAGUCUAGAUUCCACAGCUAGUAUGUGCAUGCACCAUGUCAUGUCAUCAAUGAUAAAGUGGGGGGGGCUGACCUGCCCCUCAAAUUUUAUUCAAGUUGGCAACCCUGGCUACAGCCUUUCCUCCAAUACACUUGUUCCCCCCGUUAGAGGUGGGUUUGAGACCCUAAAAAUAAAAUCUGAACAAAAUUGAUGAAGCAGCGAGAACAGGUGACCCAAGUAGGCACACCCAGUUUUGGCAAAGCAUAAUCUUAUAGUGGGGCUAAUCUGAAAGCUCUUUUGCAAAUGGAAAGCUAUUCUUUUCCAGACAUUUAAGAAAGGUAUUUGAUGAAUUAAUGGUUUACAAGAUAAACAUACAGAGCUUUAAAAGCAUUAUUUUUUUAAAAAGUGAACAGCCCAUCUUAAGUAAGGGGAAAGGGUAAGGCCAGCAAUUGAACCAAACUUUAAUUUUCUGGUAUUUUUAGCAGUCAUUCAAAUUACAAAACUAGGAUUCUGCAACAACAGCACAUGCCACAGCUUUGGAAUCCAUUGUCGGUUCUUAGAAUAUAGGAAGCAUAUCAGAACCAUUAGUCCAUCUAGAUCAAAAUUGCCAACACUUACUGGCAGAAGCUUUCCAGGCAAAAAUCAUUACCAGUCCUACCAAGAGAUGCUGGGGAUUGAAUCUGGGAUCUUUUGCUUGCAGAAGUAGUGAGCUGCAACACUUCCCCCUCUUUUACAUGUGCCUUCAGAUCCUCACUAUGGUAGGUAUCUAAAUCCUUCCCCCACUCUUAAAAUAAACAACUUAUUAAUAUUGAACAAAACUAUUAAACUGGCAGCUUGCUUGCUUUAUAUAUGCCCCCACCAUUUUGCAUGCAAAUUUUGCUGCGUUCUUCCCUCCGAUGUCACUCCAGCGCCUGGUGACCCCAGCACAUGCACUUUUCCACCCACCCACCCCACUAGCAAAUUGUCCUUUAUUUGCUCUUCUAAAUAUGGCAACCCUAACCUAAACUUAAGUGGGCUAGGUUAUAUAACAGCCAUAAAGAUGUCCAUACUCCCCCAAUUCCUGUUCUUGUUUCAGACCUUACCUGUACUUAUCCCCCUUUCCCAACUGUCUCACUGGCAUCACUUACUUAACAAUUUUAUUUUUGGAAGGAGAAGCAGAGUGACAUGUCAGACUUUAUAUUGUCCCAAGACCAAUGGAGGUCUCAGGGCCCCAGGUCUUAGGCAAUUAAAGCAAAUGGUGCACACAAGCCUUGCCUUUUCUUAAAACUUCCUGUGCACACACCACAAAAAUAAAUAAAGAAUUUUUACAACUAACUCCAAAGAAGCAAUUAAAUAUACGUGAUGUUAAUAGGAAUAUCAGCUUCCUAACAAUUAUAAAUCUAUUUAACACUGGGUAAUCUCCAUAAUGUACAAUCAGGAUCACUUAAAACAACGCUUUGCAGAUUAAUUUUUAAUUCUAACUUUUUCUAGCAUGGUGUUUGGAAGAGAGAAAAACAGUGAUGUUUGAACUCUAAACAAAAUGUUGUUUCUCCUGUUAAUACAGUAUUUUAUUUACAUUUUUUUUAUUUCAUAGAUUAAUUUUAGGCCAUUUAAGAACAAAAGAACUGCUAAGUGCUAAAAGUUCCCACAAUACUCUCCAAAACAGUACCAUUUCACAGUACCAUAUACAUAAAAAAGGUAAAGGACACCUGACAGUUAAGUCCAGUCACAGACGAUUCUGGGGUUGUGGAACUCAUCUCGCUUUAUAGGCCGAGGGAGCCGGUGUUUGUAUGCAGACAGUUUUUCCGGGUCAUGUGGCCAGCAUGACUAAGUCACUCUGGCGAAACCGGAGCAACUCACGGAAACGCCGUUUACCUUCCCGCCAGAGCGGUACCUAUUUAUCUACUUGCACUUUUUGGCGUGCUUUCGAACUGCUCGGUUGGCAGGAGCUAGGACCGAGCAAUGGGAGCUCACCCUGUCACAGGGAUUCGAAUUACCGACCUUCUGAUCAGCAAGCCCAAGAGGCUCAGUGGCUUAGACCACAGCGCCACCUGCGUCCCUACCAUAUACAUAUAUGUAUACAAAUUUGCAAAGUUUUUACCUUGCCUCUCGUGAACACUGAACUGAAGGGAAAUGAGUCCCACCCAACAUGAAGCAAAAAUAAAAGUCAGGAACCAACACUGUAUUUCAAGUAUUAGAAGAAAUAUAGUGCUACUUUUAAAUAACAAUUAUAAUUACAAUAAUAAAAUAUUCUAACUAGAAUGAAUCCCUGUAGCCCAUAGGAAGAAAUAUAACUUCUGCAGUAAAUGGAGUUUUAUUGUUCUCACUUGAGUGGUCUCCAUUUUGCAUUUGUGUGGCCUCCAUCCAAUGAGAUUUAAAUAUUACAGAGCAUUGUUUUAUCCUCAUGCAAAUUUAUCUUACUUGUUAAAAAGCAUAAUGGCAUCCACUUCCAUGAGAAAAGUUAUUACCAGAUCCAUUGCAGUACUUUCCAUCAAGCAAUAAGAUUAUUCCCAUUCAAACAACAAUAAUUUUAUGUAAGUUGGAAUCUAGAUACAAAUGUCUGUAAGUUUCUUAUCACAAUAAAUGCAAUAGAAAUGUGCUUAAAAAAUGGGUUGAUUUGUUUUGGUUAACUGUUCGUAUCUGCUGCUUGGUGAAUGUGCUUAUAUGUAACAUUGAUGCAAAUUCAUGACUGCGCAGAAGGGGCUUUGGGUUGCAUUCAGGAACAUUUCCUUGAGCUUGGUAUGGUCAAACAUCCACAGAUGAAGUUUCAUAGAUACCCAUACAUACAUACAUACAUACAGGGAACAUUGUGUUGACAAUGCAAUAUUGUGAACUGGCCUUUAGAAUUUAGAGAAAACACAAAGCUGUUUUCUCUGUGCAUGCAAAUAUCCAUG